ACAGCUGACCCCACAAUUCCUACUGGUUUCUAGUCACGAGGCGAAAAUGUUCUGGCCGUUUUUUUUACGUCACCGGGCAAACCGCUUUAGCUUGCGUAGGGAAAGCCAGACGAGAGAAGGGCGAGGGAGGAGCCCCGGGGACAAAAGUCUUUCCUGACGGGCGGAAGGAGAGGCUGACGGGUGUGGCUAAGCUAAAAAGCAACGGCUGUGAGAGACUGGCUGCGACGAGAGCGUGACGUAAAAAGGAGGCGGGGCCCGCGCGUGCCAGUAAAGCUAGGGCAGCGGACAGCUGGCGGGUGGCGUGAACUGCUCUUUAAGGGCCCAGUGCCUGUGGUUGACAAAGACACUUCCGGCUUCUUAUUGCGGUUCGAAUCCUCUUGAUGAGGGACUAGAGCUUUGGAAGUACAUAGGAAUCAAUGUAAAACGGCAUACAAACAGCAACUCUAAAACGAAAAGCAGAUUUCUUAAGAGGUUGCAUGGCUUUGCGGUGAUCAUACCUCUGUUCCCCUCAUUCUGCGCUCAAAGUAGAGAAGUUAUAAGCAGGUUUCACGUUAAAUACUAUACAUUUAAAGCGUAUUUCCCGCCACCCCAAAUAAUCAUUUUCCUUUACAUUUCUAUCCCCAUGCUUUUUAGGUAGUCCCUUUCCGUAAGCGUGCACCCAGUCUUCUUUUAAUUGAUUGUAUGCCGCUGUACUGGAAUCCGAGUAAAUAAAGAAACAGUGCUGUGUAAAAUGGUUAGAGUUUAAGACUGGGGUAUGGAAGACCAGGAUUCAAAUCCUUACUGAGCAUGUUGCUCAGAUUGCCUCAGUCACUCUCUGUAGCUUUGCUCAUGAUAAUGUGUCAUUUGUGGAAUCUUUUGUUGUUGACCAACAUUCGGCCUUGCUCUGUUUAGUUUUGAGUAGAUAUGCAUAGUGGGAUCAGUGGUGCUGCUAAUGCAAGGAUCUGGGUGAAAAAGAGUUCUGGACCUGUAACAGAAAGAUAGCGCUCUGUGCGUGUAAUCAAGCUGUUUGUGUGGCUCUGCUAUUUUCAUUUGGGUCUACAAAAGAGAAACAAUAGUUUUAUUCCCUACUGCGAAUGCUUUAACUACUCUGAGCAUGACUAAUGUUGGAUGCAAUCCAAUAUAACUGCAACAGAGCAUUACAUUUCAUACAUCUGCUGAAGUUUAUGUUCACUUAAGAUUGUGCUAUAACAAUUUGCACAGUAGCACAAUGCAACCUAGAUUUAAUCCUUAAAAAUUAAAUGGAUUUAUUCCCAGGCAAAUGUCUGCAAUCCUAAUUUGGUAAGCCCGAUUGUAGCCAAGAGGCUCCACCUCUGUGUAUGCAUACACUGUUGUUUUUAAAUAAAUGUUUCUUAAAUUUUGAGAAUACAACCCCAAAUAAUCAAUAGGAUAUACUAAUCAAGCAAAGGAAUAUGUAAAAAGAAAAGAAAAAAAACCCAAUAAGCCCGCACUGUUAGCGCCCCUGAAAACUCUUGUCUCUCUUCUCCGUUCGCCAACCAAUAAGCGAGCGGAGGGCUCGAAAUGGGCGUGGCGCGAUGGCGGAGGUGCCGCGUGAGGGGAGUGGGCGUAGCCCGGCGCGCGGAGACCCGGGAGGCGUGGCCUCCGCAGCGGCUUCUAGUCGCCUUUCCCCUCCCCUCCCCCCCUCCGGCACUUGUGAGUGACAGGCGGGAGUUCAGGAGCUGCGAGGACGCCGAGUCGCCGUUGCCGCCGCCAAACCGUGGAAGAAGAAGCCGCUUUUUCGCCGCCCGGAGCGCUGCUUCUGCCGCCUCCUCCCCUUCUUCCUCCUCCUCUCUUACGCAGUACUAUGAGGCGGCCCUGACGGGGGGCGCCGCAGCCCGCCCGCCCUGCCCCCCUUCCCCCCCUCCUCGUCCCCCCCUCGCUCCCAGCCCCCUGUCCUCGCCUCAGCCCAGCCCAACGAAGCCCGGCGCGGCGGCGGGGUCAGGGCUCCCCACCCGCCCCCCGAUGACUGCGGCAAACUGCGGCGGCGCCAACGACGAGUUCGACUUCAGGCUCAUCUUCGGGGAGGACGGGCAGCAGCCGGGCCCGGGGCCGCCGCCGUCGACGACGACGCCACUGCCACAGCCGCUUGGGCCUGCCGCCGCCUCAGCAGGUGCGUCUCGCCGACCAGGCUGGCUCGCCUGUUGCCCUCUGGCUCGGCCGGGGGCGGGGGGGAGGCGGCAGCUUUGCAACUCCUUCCAGCCGCUUCGGACGCGACGGGGCUUCGGGGAGGUGCGGCGGGGUAGGGGGAGAAGAUUGCCACCAACCAAGUCCUACUCGGAGCAGAGCAGUGGGAAUUAACGGACCUGAAUUAGUCACGCCCUUUUAUUUCGUUGGGACUACUCCGAGCAGGUCUUGGUUGGCUGCAGCCCUUGAUUUCCCUACCCGAGUUGCGCUGGCCUUAGGGUUGGUGAGGAGUGUGCGCCUGAUGGUGGCCCUGCGAUUCAGCGCACGUUUAAUUUGUCUGUAAUUAAUAAAUUCUGCUGUAACAGAAGCCCCCCAAAAGAUUUUUGCGGAACUUUGAAGCCUGAUAACAAACUUCUCCGAGUAGACGAGUGUAAGGUUACUCAGGAGUAAGGCCCAGUGGUCACAGGGUCGGCGUGCGUAGGAUCCGGGUCACAGGGCGUGGCUGCUGUGUAUAUAUUGUGGACGCAUAGAGUAAGCCCCUUUUGGUUCCACUGACUUGAUUCUGCGUAAGUGUAUGUUAAGUUACUUGGAAGAAAGUGACAUUGACCCCAGUGACAAAAUUGAUGUGCGUGGAAUUGGACCACGAGGUCAUGAGCGAGGAACUCUUGACGGAAUAAAUUUAUUCGAGAUUAAGAGUGAAUCCUAUUGGAACCCAUAUCUACUAAAAAAAUUAAUAAACAUGGUCAAAUCUUCUUCAGGAUCAGUGUGCGUAUGAUCAAGCUGCAUGUCUAUUUGGUUCAAUUCAGUGACUUAAAUAUAUGCUUGGGGCAAUCCAUAAUAAGCCUACAUGGGAAUAGAUCUUGUUGGACCUAGUGGGACGUGAUUCAGAGUAAGCACACAUAGGAUUCAGCCAUAUGUCUGCUGUAAAUGCUACGCACAUUUCACUAGUGAGUAAUUGUUAUUUUUUUAGGUAACACUAGCAGGACAGGUGCCUGCUUGGAGGAGCGUACAAACUAAAAUUGGGCUCACUUCUGAGUGUAAAAAAUGAAUACAAUUGUAUGCACUCUCAGGGGACAAAGUAGCAUUGAACUCUGUAACUAUGCAUAGGAUUUGACUCUUACGGUAGCUUCAGUCUUUCGUACAUUUUCUUCAAAGCAAGUCCCAUUGAACUUUAUACUCUUGUUAUGGAAUUCUGGACAUUCUCUCCCACCCCACCCCACCCCAUCGGUUCUCUUCCCCACAAAUGCUCAAGGACAGAUGGAUCAGAGAAUGAAGCUUGCUUCUGAGUAAGCAUGAAUAAGAUUGUUAGUUCUCCAGGUCCUGAAUGAGGAAAGAAUAAUGAAUGUUUUGUUUGGGCUCAAAGAUCCCAGAAAGUGUUGUGAGAUGUUGAACUCUUGGUAAGGGAGACUGUAUAUAUCCUGUUUGGAAACUUCUGUGAAGCUGAUAGAAAAUAACUUGGGUUGAACAUAGUGUAUUUUGCACAUAUGAGGCAGCUGUAUACUGAACUGGUUCAUGUAGCCCACUAUUGCUGCCUCUGACUGGCAGUGACUCAGGCCAGAGGUUUUCCCCAGCUUUGUCAUAUGAGAUCCUCUUAACUGUCAGGGAUUGAACUUAGGACCUCAGCACAUGAAAAACACAUCCUCUACUACUGAGCUAUGAACUCUGUGUUCUUGGAGGUUCCUGCGGCGUUAAGGCAGCAGACGGGUAGUGAGAGGGGUGGUUGGAGGUUGUAUCUGGAGUUGUCUUUGCAUACGAAAAGGGGUGGGUGGUUGGGGUGCCCAGCUGUAAUAUUUCAUUGAUAAAGCAAAUUUCAAAUGGUCAUUAAGUGAGCUGAACUGAGGAUUCUGUAGCCAGCUUUUAUUUGAAUGGUUGGUGCUUUUACAAACUGAUGUUAAAUCAAAUACCAAACUUAGCAAAUUUAAGCCUCAAACCAAGAAGCCUACUGGGAGAGCUGGCAUUCAGACUAUUUAUUUGUGAUGUGGUCUGUUAGUUCCAUAACUUUCUGGGAAGUCACUGGUUUAUGAUUCUGUUUUCUGGAGGUGUUUGGUUUAUUUUGGGCAGUUUCUUUAAGGUAGUUUAUUUAUGGCAGGUGGGAUAACGAAGUAAUUUAGUGUAUAUGGUCUGUAAGAAUUAUGCAAGUACUAUAAUGAAAAAAAUGUAGGAAGUUUCUAUCCUCCAAGAAAAAAAAUAUAGAAAAAUAAACCACAAUAAACACAAGAGAAGUCAACUACAAAAAAAUAAAUAAAAAAAAUACAACAUUCCUCUGGGGGACACAAACCUGAACAGACUAGUCUGCUAUGCCAAAGGCUAUGCAGUAGUGUGAAAAUGGAGGAAUUGGUGGUGAAUCUGUCAAGCUGUUGUCUUAGGAAGUAAACUGCUUGUGGAAGAUAAAUGCUGUAUUUACUCGAGUUUAAUGCGCCAUCAAAUCUAAUGCACACCUCAGUUUUCAGAACCUUGAAACCAAAAACAUAUUUGUUGGCGAAUGUAAAUGUGCCAUUGAGUGUAAUGCACAGCUUAAUUUUUGCAAUGUUAUUUGGCCAGAAAAAGUGAGCAUUAGAUUUGAGUAAAUACGGUAUAUUCAAAUCACCUUGGCCCUCAGUGGUCCUGAAAGCUGCAUACCUAGAAUUGAGGAAUCCUGAAGUGCCUUAGUGAAAUAAGUGCAACAGGGUCUCAAUAGCAUGUGCGUGAUGAUUAUGAACAAGCUGCGAAAAAGGAAAUAAAGAGCAAGUGUAUGAAGGAACUGAAACUGGCAGUAUUUUGAUGAAAGCCUCUGUGAAGAUUAUGGACAUUUUGAGGCAGGUUACUUCUAAAGAAGAGCACAGUGUAAAAUAUCCUUUUAUCAUUCAAUGAAUCCUUGACCAAGUUAUAUGUUAGUGAUGGUAACAGUAAUCUUGUUUGUACUGUGUUGUUGAAGAAUAUUUGUAUAACGUGCAUAGAACUUGAUUAUGGGCACAAUCAUAGAACUGUAGUGUUGGAAGGUACCCCCAAGGGUUAUCUAGUCCAACCCCCUGCAAUGGGGCUAAAGAAUCACAGACAGCUAAAGAAUCACAGACAGAUGGCCAUCUAACCUCCCUUCAACUUCCAGUGAAGGAGAGUUCGCCACGUUCUGAGGAAGUUGGUUUCAAUACAGGCAGACUAUAUGGUAAUCCAGUAUUAAACUGUUUAGUGCCUUAAAAGUUAAUUUGAGCAUGGAAAUGCAUUGUUAGCCACUUAUUUUUGUGAAAUGAAUAACUUACGAAUCUCUUAAAACAUAGCAUAACCACAUACCCCCAAGAAAAAAAUGAAGGAAGCAAGGAAUAAGGCUAACGCUUUAGGAUGUUAGUGAAGAUGAUACGCAAAUAGCACAUGGCUAUUUUGGGAAGUCUAGUUUUGAAAAUGCACUUCAUGUUUUUAAAAAUAUACUAGAAAAAACUGUUUAAAAAAAGAUCGGCAAGUAUUGUUGAUUCAAAUGACCUGCUUCAACGUGAUUUGUUCAUCAGGUUCAGUAUUCUUAAUCUUUAAUUGACUUGUAAAUUAGCUGCAUUCCUCAUAAGAAUUCCCAUCAGGUGAAUAGGCAUGAACGUUUUUCUAAUUUGGAAUAGUUACUGUUAUUAGUUUAAUGCUUGCUUUUUCAGAAAAGUUAUUUGCAGGGUAAAAAUAAACAUUAAAACAAGAACCUAAAAUGCUUACCCCAUUAGAAAGAUGAGUAGAAGAAGAGGCAGUAAACCUAUCUAUGGACCCCCCAAAUUGAGGACCAAAAGCCUGGGUGAAUAAGAAUAUUUUUUCCUGGCGUUUAAAAGCAGAUAGUGAUGCUGCCAGGCUUGCCUCCCUGAGAAGAGCAUUUCUCCAAGCUUCUCCCCUUCAUUUAAACCCUACGACAACCCUGUGAGGUUAUGCUGAGAGGUAGUAACUGGCCCAGCAAGCUUCAUGGCCAAGUGGGGAUUUAAACUCAGGUGCUAGUCAGACACACUAACCACUAUAUCAUACUGACGUUAGCAAGUGGCAAGUGCCAUAACUGUCCUUUCCUUCACACUUGCAAGAUUUCUUUCCUUGUGUUCUUUAAAGUCUUCAGUAAAAUUGUACAUACUGGCUGCCACUGGGCAGCUCCACUUAUGAAGCACCAUUGCAAGUAGCACAAAGGCAAAUCCUCUGCAUUAGCACCUCAUCAUUUUGUUUUGCUUAAUUUUACUUUAAUAUAUUUCAAGUUUUGUGUUUCCUUUCAUUUAUAAAAGAGUGCACAUUUGCUGCAUGUGUGGACAGGAUAUUGUGCGUUGAAAGGGAACUUGCAGGAAUAUGAUGUAAAGUUGAGCCAUGCCUUGUGGUGAAAGGCUGUGUAUCUGCAUGCAAGUGAUAGAAUCAGGAAGUAUUUAAAGAUAACUCAACUGGGACGCUAUAGGUCCAGUGUAACUAAAGUAAAAGGUAAAGGUACCCCUGCCCGUACGGGCCAGUCGUGUCCGACUCUAGGGUUGUGCGCCCAUCUCACUUAAGAGGCCGGGGGCCAGUGCUGUCCAGAGACACUUCCGGGUCACGUGGCCAGCGUGACGAAGCUGCUCUGGCGAGCCAGCACCAGCGCAGCACACGGAAACGCCGUUUACCUUCCCACUAUAAAGUGGUACCUAUUUAUCUACUUGCACUUAGGGGUGCUUUCAAACUGCUAGGUGGGCAGGAGUUGGGACUGAAAGACGGGAGCUCACCCCGCCGCGGGGAUUCGAACCGCCGACCAUGCGAUCGGCAAGCCCUAGGCGCUGAGGUUUUACCCACAGCGCCACCCGCGUCCCGCCAGUGUAACUAGAUGUUCCUUAAUAAUUGGAUAUGAAUAGAGGGAUUUUAAAGUUGAGAUGAACUGUUUCUUAAAUAUUCCUUUUCAGCCUGGAUAGGUUCCCCAAACACUUUAUGGCUAAAAUCCAUACAAAUUACAAUUUAAUUAGGGACACGGUGGUGACAUGCGUGUUGGGGGAGCAGUCUUUGGCCCUUAGAAAUUGAUGCCACAGUCCAGGUCCCAGGCUUUUCCCACCAAAGGAAAAUGGUUUAAAAAACUAAAGAUUGACUCAGGGACUGGGUGAUCAUAAAUUUAAACCCACAGAAGUCUUCCCUCUGUUGAUCUUCUUUCUUUAUUCUUUCUUUGGUGAUCACUUGUAGCUGUGUAAGAUUGUCUUCCAUGAACACAGUCUUAACAGUGAGUCCAUAAGUGGCUGUGGAGACCAACUCUGCAUCCACACGUCCUUCCACAUUGGGGACAUAGGUUUCCAGGCGGGAGUUGAUCAUGGUGAGGGUUUGCCAAAUGUGCCUUCCUCUUAGCUUGUUUUUCCGUUUCGUCCUACAGUCUUCUAGACCCUGUCAUCACACCAGUAUCUAUAUACCAAGCCUUUGUUCUUGUUAAAUAUUGUAGAAUGUUCUUACUAAAUAUGAUUUUUGGCAGCAAAAUGUGUUUAACUGGCUAAAAUCAGGUAGCUAUGGUAGUUCAUCUGUACAGAAUUCAGAGUUAUAAAACUGGUAUGUGCAGAAACCCAUUACUGACAGUACUGCUGAAAGAGGCUGCUAAUAAAAAAAGGACUGAGGCUAAAAUAGCUUGAACUGUUUAUGUAUUGACAUUUUGUAAAAGUUCAAAGUUAUUUAUUGGAAGUGCAAGGUUGUUUUUUUGGCUGCUCUUUGAGGAUUGUGGCAGUUUUAAUGAAGGGGAUGAAGAGUUUGACAGGGUAGUAUUGUAUUUAUAAGCUCACACUGCAAGCUUCUUCAUAUUGUAAACGACUUAACACUUUUUGUGGAUGACUACUUAAAAUAAGCCCCACAUAAUUAGUUCCAGUGUUAGUCUGUUCGCACUGAUUGUUGCUGCCUUUGUUUGUAUCUAUCCAUUUGCAUUUAUGAAAAAAGUGCCUUACAUAAGACACACAAUAUUACCAAACUUUGUGCAAAUAAAGAUGCAAAAUUUCCUUGAAUUCUGAAGAUAGGGAGGAUAAUGGUGGUAGUUUGUUUAAAUGCAGAGAAGGAAAACAAAUCUACAGUAAUUGCUUUUAGCUUGUAUUAGGAAUAGGUAUCCUAAAUAGUAUUUUGCAUACUUAUUAAUUUUACUUUGUUCAAAUUACUAUAGCUAUGCAUGGUAUAUAUCUUAACUGGACCUGGUGAAAUAUGAUAGCUUAAAAUUUGAGCCUCAAAACGUUUCAGUCACCACAGAAUGGAGGAGAGGGGAAAGUGGUUUGGUUCACGUGUCCUGUCAAACCAUAGUUAAAAUAAACUGUAGCUUAAUGUGAAUGUGCUGCAUGCUGGCAUAUGGCAAUCAAGCUACUGGGAAACAAGCCCAUGGUAUCACUUGCAUCAUCUAGACCAAGACUUGUGACUUUGUCUCUAAACCAUGAGUGAAAGGUCUGAGUUUGGAUGACACCACAUGCUACACAGCAUGGCUUUCAGGACCAGGCAUCGGACUUCCCAUACCCCAACCCAAAUAAUAAGAGACCAAUGAGAUUGGCUUUGGGUCAAAACAGGCCACAACUUUAUUGAAUACAGAUGAAAGUGGUUUGGCUAGGGCAUUGGGCAAUCUAAAUACUUCCUGCCCGCUUGCCAGAAAUGAUGCAUGGUCAAUCCAGGUGGGGGUUCCUAAGACUUAUAUUCAAUAGGGUGACCCCCACAGGGAUCACCGUCUGGGGGAGUGCCUUCAGCCCAGGCCCUGCCAGGGCACGCGGACAUGGCCAUUCCCCCUGGAUCCCCGGAUACCCCAGCGUUUGUAGGGGCAGGCGGAAACUACAAUCUCCCCUCCAUCCAAAACAAAGGAUUGCCCCAAUGCCCAACCAGUUGUGAUGAUUGCUAUGAGGUAGGCAAAACCACUGGGUCAGUGUCAAUUAGCCUGAUGGCCAUAGCAGCAGGAGCAGAGGAGGAAGGAAGCACCCAUUAUUUUAGCAAUGCUUGUUUACAUUAAGCCAUAGUUUAUUUUAACAAUGGUUUAAUGUGAUGUACAAACCAGGCUAGCCUAUUGGAUGAACUUCAGCUUUCAUGGCAUGCCUUCCUCUUCUCUUAGAUUAUUUAAGAGGAGAAGAAAUGGGGCAGAUGAUGUUGAUGUGGAUAUCACAUUGGUUGUAGGAGUUAAAAGUAACAUGCCUUUUCAAGUCCAUGUUGUAAUAUUUUAUGAAAGUAUAUUGCUUCUUUUAAAUAAACUUUCCCAAUUUACUUGAAAGUAACAUGGAUUUUCUUGAGAGAAAAGUUGACUGAGUUGCACUUUUGAUAACCCUUUAAACACACACACGAACAUAUUUGUACAUGUUUUGAAAAUUACAAUAACUUAUUGCCUUCUGUUACCCUGUUUUAAAAACAUGGUUGUGACUGCAUAUUUAAAACAUUCAUAUCCUGCCUUUUGGCCUCAUAAGCUAUAUGGUGAAGUAUAGAGGAUGUAAUUCUGAGAACAAAAUAAAUAUCAUAGCUGUUAACUUAUGCACAAAUUAGAAACAGCAGCAUCAUUGACAAUAGGCAUAUAUUUUUUUAAAAAAAUUCUGGAAGCAGGUGAGGAGGAGCUGGUGGUGGAAUUUAGCAUGAUGAAGUUUCCUAAGUGAGCAAAAGAAUCUUUUAUCCUAGUUAAUUAGGAGGGAAAGCUUUCAUGUGUAACUAAAAAAACUGUGGAGAUAAUGGCCAUAAAAAUGUUUUAUUUAGUGCCAUUUAUGUACCUGUCAGUUUACAGAGUAAUGUAAGCCAAAGGACAGCUCCUUGUCUGUAAGAGCUCAUAAUUUAAAAAGGGAGAGGAAGAUCAAGAAAGAGUAAUAGGAUGAUUGUGCAGCAAUACAGUUAUAUAUACUUAUUUUUUUGUGGAAUGAGAGGUUUCACAGAAGAGUUGGUUGGGAGGGAUUUAAAGGAUGGAUUCAUGCAGUGUAUGUAUCCCGGGAGGUAGCACCAGCAGGAGGGAAGGCCUGCAUGGGAGAAUGAUAUUAUUUUAAGUGAUCAGUAGGUCUUUAGAUUGAGGUUUUGCUUCAAGGUAGUAAUUGGGAGGUAUGAUAAUCAUGGCAGUGAUAUCUUGGAAUAUGAAGCUUUUGGAGAGCUUUAAAAUUAAGGACAAGAAGUUUGUGCUGGUUGUUGAAAAGGACAAGGUGCCAGUGAAGCAAGCUGAGGCAUUGCAAGGUCUAAGUAAGGUGAAUGAUUUGGCUGCCUUAUUCUGGUUACAGGUGGCUGAGUUAUAGUAAAAAGUUAGAAAAUAUGGUUGCAGUAAUCCAGGUGGGCAGAAUGUUCUGGAUUGGUCUUGCCAAAAAACAAAGGUUUUGACAUGUUAUAAUAGGUACAUUCCAGAGGAAACGUGGUAUUUGAGUCUUAUCUGAGAGACAUGUGGCUGUAUUUUGCUACCCUAAACAAGCUUGAGAUGGUCAUCAUGACACUACCAAACUUCAUGGUGGGGAAAACUGAGUGUUUCUUGAGUGAAUGAGUAAAUAAAAUAAAAUCCUACUUGAAGUGGUUUUCUGGAGAAAACCAGUGGAACUUGAUUGAGAGACUGUAAGACUAAAAUGUUGAGCAGGUGCCCAAGAGCUUGGUGUAUUUAGAAUUCUAACUGUUUUCUUGCACAACUUGCCUGUUUUGUAUCACUUUAUAAAAUACUUAGUAAUUUAACCAGCUUUUAGUUCUUUUUGUUUAUAAAUCUGCAGCAGUGAGUGUUAUCAUAAAUGGAGAACAAAACACAGCCCUGAAGAUGUUGGGCAUUUGGUUAGCUCAUCAUAAUUUACGUAACAUAUGGACUUAUUUAUCUCUUAAUUUUUAGUGUUCCUUAUUUUGUCUAUAACGAAUACAGUAAGCUUUCAUGUCUUGCCUCAGAUCAUUGCAGAAUAAAAGUUAUGUUUAUAUGAGAUAAGGAUUGUUUGUGUUUAAAAAACUGUUUGAAAAUGAAACUGACAGAUACAGUUGAGGCAAUUAUAAUUAAGUGAAGUUAUGAGCUAGUUAAUAGAAUGGUUGAAUUUUGGAACUGGUUAUUGGGAUUCAAGUCCCAGUUCAGCCUUGAAUCUUGGAGCAAGUUAUUUCUUCCAAGCUUUGGUUUUUCUAUAAGAUUGGAAUUGUAGUGAUUGACUUCCUAGUUGUGUGGGGUGCACACUAAAGUUGGUAUAGACAGAAAUACCGUAUUGAAUGCAUUGGUCUGGUUUGUACAUCACACUAAACCAGGCAUGGCCAAACUUGGCCCUUUAGCUGUUUUUGAACUACAACUCCAAUCAUCCCUAGCUAACAGGACCAGUGGUUGGGAUGAUGGGAACUGUAGUUCAAAAACAGCUGGAGGGCCAAGUUUGGCCAUGCGUGCACUAAGCCAAAGGUAAACCAUAGAGAGGUGAUAUGCAUAUGCAUAACUUGUAAGCCAAACUAUGACUUAGCAAGGUCAUGUGAUCCACUUUGCUCCUUCCAAGUUCUUUUUACUGUUGCACUGUACUGAAAUAAACUAAGGUUUGGCUUGAAAUGUUGGCAUGUUGUCCGAAAAAGGGCUUGUGGCUAAGUGUUCACCUCAUUCAGUGCUAUUUCUCCGGAAAAAGAGGUACCAGAACUCAUCAUGAAUGCCUCCCUUGCUCUCUUUAAUGGCAAUGGCACCCACCUGAGAGGUGCCAGAACUGAAUUCCAGUGAGUUCCGGCUGAAAAAAAGUCCUGAUCUCACUAAUCAUGAUCUGUUUGUAGGGGAACUUAAGAUAAAUUUGUUGAGAGAGUUGUUGGCAUACCCUAGGGGUGGGUAUCUUAGCUGAGGUGUUUUUCUUGCUUUUAAAACAUGUUGACAAGCACUGUAUUCAUUUGUGUAGUUGUGACUUGCAGUAUGUGAGGCAUGACUUGCCAAAUGCUAGUAAAAGGCACCUUUUAAACAAUUAAAAAUUGGGUAAUGUAGUGAAAGCCAUACAUAAUGGAGAAUAAUCACUUAAACUUUCUGUUUAAAUUUUUAUGUCUUUUCUGCACUAUAGAUGUACAGUGAAUGUGUUUUUUGGGGGGGGGGACUUCAGAGAGGUUCAGUUUGUUAGUUGAGGACAGAACAGAAGUUGCUUUAAGGUUUCAUCACCAUGUGUCACAGCUGUAAAGCAAAGGCUGUAGGUUGAGGAAUUGGGCAGGGAAAGGAUCCUGUUACUAGGCAGACUUAACAGCAAUGUCAUAUUUUCUGGCACAGACAGUGAGAGCAGUUUCAUUUUUCAUCUGCUCUUGGCUAGCAUCUCUGUAGCUUGGAGGGUAAAUUGGGCAGGACAAGCAAACCACACAUAUAACAUGUCCAGGUUCAUACAUAAUGCUAAACAACAAUUAAGGUUAUUAAGCCAAGAGCAUCCCAUGGAUUCUUAUUUUCCAACAGACCAUAGUUAAUAAACCAUAGUCAAGAUGCUGGGUUGGGUUUUCAUUUAACACCAAACCAUGGUUUAACAUUGUGUGUGAAUCAGGCCAAUGUGUAGGUGGUUUCUUUGGACUCAGUAUUCUCAGAAAAUACUAUUAUGGAAGGAGAAGCAUACCUCACAUGGAACACAUCCAACUAAGGGAGAUGCUGAUGUUCUUUAAUAAUUGUCAGCGUUUGUUGCUCCUCCAAGGUAUCUUCUAAGGUUAUAGUAUAUCUUACAUUAUAAAAACAGUUACUUGAUCAUGCAGUUCAAUGUGAGUUUGUCAUGUCUGGGCUCAAAUGUGUGGAGGAGAGGACAAUUUGCUUUUAUAUGGCAGUUUAAUUACUGUGUUAGCUUCUGUGAUAAUGCCAAAACAUUAGGCUUCUGGAUUCUUGUCUAGAGACUGUAUAGUAAUAUUGGCAUUGUCUAAAUUAAUUUGAUAAUGUUUUCCCAUUCCAUUCACCCUCAUUAGUACAAGAAUCUAGAAAAUGAUGGGAGUUAUAGUUUAGCAGUAUCUGGAGGGCUGAAGGUUCCCCACACCUGGUUUAUAUGAAGUCUGCAUUAACUUUUGUGCUCAGUGAUUCAGUUACAUAUAUGCACAAUACAGGCAGCGAGCGAUUUAGGUGUGUCCAAUAUGUGCUUGACUUCGCACAAUGCGCAGCACACUGAACUUGGAGAUGACCUGAAAACCUCUCAAAAACAUCACAGAAGGGAUAGAACUGGUGAGGGCAGGGAUGGGACAGGGCAGCCUUACGCAGGCCCCACCAACAUAUGUGCUUCCAGAAUGUAACCCCCAUGUGAAUUGGUUGCCUGUAUUACAUAUUGUCUAGGUCAGGCUUUGUUGCUUUAAUAGCAGUCUGUGCUGUGAAGUUGAAUUAGCCUAACUUUACAUGCUGGUGUGCCAUCACCAACAAAAGGUCAUUUGGCAUGUGUAUAUACAAACAAUGGAAAGCUCAACUUGGCACUUCUCUGACACUGGAUUACUGCAGAGAUUAUUGUCCUAAAAGGCCAUGUCCCUUAGUUGUGCAAUUCCUAUAUGGACAGCACCUCUUUGUAUACCAGAGUUGGAGAAGCUUUAGGCCUCAAGAUAUGGUUGGACUCGAACUCCCAUAAUUGCUGACAAUUGAUCAUGGUGGCUGGUGUUGAUGGGUGUUGGGAGUCCCACAACAUACAGGAAGCCACAGGUUCCUCGUCCCUGGUGUGGGCCAUAGUAUGUGAGUGGCAAUUUUACAUGUGUGUGUGUUCCAACGUGUGUAUACACAGUGGGGAAGGCAGGAAGAUUCUGACGAAGUAUAUCUGACAGAAGUACCCCACAUAUAAGGGCAUUUGCCCAUGGUCUCUAUUCAAAGUUUCAUAUUCAUUCUCAUACAGAAUAGCAUUCUGUUUUAAGAAUUCUGCAAUGUAUUAAGUGGCCUUAAAUAUACUGUGGAUUUGCUGCUGCUGUGUAGAUUAUGUUCUCUAAUGAGAAAACAUCAGUUUGUUUAAAAAUGCAUGAGGUUUGGUGCUCAUUUUGUUGUAGCCACAUUUUAAACAUGCAUUUGUUGGCCUUUGUGCUGGAAAGGGUAGCUGUACAAACCAGUUAGACCUUUUUUUGGUCAGGAUAUACUAGAAGGAGGAAUAUUUCAAAUCUUGGUCUCAAAGAAAGCUACAGGCACAUUUAGCAUUUACACUGUACAAGUGAGAAAUGUGUCAAACAAUGUGGAAUGAGCAGUUAUAUUGUUUGUUUAGCAGCAGCAAUGACAUUCUGCUGGUAUUGUAAUUCAUGAGAUCAACACUAUCGUUUGAAUCAUUUGUUCACAAAUGUCUGUUUCACUGAACUGUAAAGUUAUAGGCUCUGUUUCAAAGUGAUGCAAAAGCAUAUUUUAGUAGUACAAGGCCUUCUUCAACAACAGAUUCCUAUAUUCCUGCUGUUUCUGGUUGGGGCUGCAAGGAAGGGAUUGAAAGCAUCACUUUCCUAGUUUAAACUAAUGCUGGCAGUAAUUAAUGAAUCAAAUUAUGUAUAGACUUCAACAAAAAAUAUGAAGAUAAUAUUCCCAGCUGAUGAUAUACUGUAUUUCUUGCCGUAUUUUUCGCUCCAUAAGACACACCUAUUUUUUAGAGGGGGAUUGCAAGAAAAAAAAUAUUCUUUAAAGGGAGCGCUGAGCAGAGCCUGUAUGCAUCCCAGGCUCUGCUCAGCAUUCCCUUUCACAAGCCGCGUGGAGUGCGUGUGCGGCGCUUGCAGGCUUUUCCCCGAGGAGGGAGAAGCCUCCAAGAGCCGCACACACGCUCCGCGCGGCUCGUGAAAGGGAGCGCGGCUCUUGCUGGCUUUGGCGGGAGGUAGGGGAAGGGACAGAGGGAUGGCCUCUGUCACUUCCCCCACCUCCCGCCAAAGCCAGCAAGAGCCGCGCUCCCUUUAAAGAGCGUGGAGAGCGUGCUUUUCCCGCCUGCCUCCCGCCUGCAUUUGCUCCAUAAGAUGCACACACAUUUCCCCUUAUUUUUUAGGAGGGAAAAAGUGCGUCUUAUGAAGCGAAAAAUAUGGCACUUCUAAGCAAAGCUGCUUUUUUUUUUUUUAAGAUGCUGCCCAGCUUUAGUAUGACCUUCAAUAACUGAAGUAUUUCUGUUGCCAUUUGUGUGAUCUGCACUAUGUGCUGAGAUCCUUUAGAAGUAAAAUGUGAAGUACAGUUAGGCUGCUAGGUUUUUUUAACCAUUCUUUGAAAGAACACACACAGAAAAUGAAUGUGCAUGAAUCUGGUACAUGUGGUUUGGAAAGGAUAGGCUUCUUGUUUUUUGUUUUUAAAUAGUGAGUAUUGUCUGCCUUCAAGGAUAGGGCAGCUUGUCUAAAUAAAAUAAGCAUACUGAAGGAAGAAGCUCUUUUUCUGUAGAAUUCAAAUUUUACAGGAAGCUAACAAACUUGGUACUGAUCUGAUGUUACCUUUUUAUUAAUGAAUCAAACUUUUUUAAAAAAAUUGAAUGAAUUUUUGUAAUGAUUUGGUUAUAUUAUAUUAAUUUUAUCUCCUGUGCUUUUCUUUUAUAUUGCUCUCUUAGUAUUUUGAAAUGUUAACUGUUUUGGACACUUUGUUGAAGAAGGGUAAUGGAAUUGCUAGAAAUGUCAGUGUAAUGAAAAAUUCCUAAAACAAAGUAUUUAAAUAGUUUACCAAGUUACAAUAACUGCACUUCAAUGUCUCUUUCAGAUCUUGAACCUGAUGACUGUGCUUCUGUGUGCAUCUUCAGUGUAGAUCAUUCAUCAUCUGUAAAUCAUCCUAUUUGUAUCCCUUGUCAUGGAUUUCAGUCACAUCAUUCUCCUUUGUCUUCGCCUACUAGACUGCAGGGUCAUAAAAGCUAUGAAGGAAUGUGUGAAGUACCACAAUCCAAGUACAGUGCACUAGGUGGUCCUAAGACAUUUGAGUGUCCUAGCAUUCAAAUUACAUCUAUUUCUCCUAACUGUCAUCAAGGAAUAGAAGCCAGUGAAAAUGAAUUGCACACAAAUGGCCCUCAAAAUGAAUAUAUGGAAAGGCCUUCAAGGGACCAUUUGUAUCUUCCUCUUGAGCCAUCUUACAGGGAUUCGUCCCUUAGCCCAAGUCCUGCCAGCAGCAUUUCCUCCCGAAGCUGGUUCUCGGAUGCCUCGUCUUGUGAGUCGAUUUCUCAUAUUUAUGAUGAUGUGGAUUCAGAACUGAAUGAAGCUGCUGCUCGAUUUACCCUUGGAUCACCUUUGGCAUCUCCUGGAGGUUCUCCAAGGGGCUGUCCAGUGGAUGAACCCUGGCAACAAUCUUAUGGAUUUGGGCAUGCCUUGUCACCUAGACAAUCUCCUUGUCAUUCUCCUAGGACUAGUAUCACAGAUGAAAAUUGGCUUAGCCCUAGGCCAACCUCAAGACCAUCAUCGCGACCUACAUCACCGUGUGGGAAACGGCGACAUUCUAGUGCUGAGAUCUGUUAUGUUGGUUCACUUUCUCCUCACCAUUCUCCAACUCCCUCUCCAGGACAUUCUCCUAGGGGAAGUAUAACUGAAGACACAUGGCUAAAUUCUUCUCUUCAUGGUCUGACUCCUGGCCUUUCACCUUUUCAGUGUUGUGCAGAGACUGACAUCCCUCUUAAAACACGAAAGACCUCUGAGGAUCAAACUGCCAUUAUAUCAGGAAAAAUAGAGCUUUGUUCUGAAGAACAGGGUAGUUUAUCACCAUCACUUGAAACAGCAAUAGAUGAUAGCUCUGGAGCCCAGCAUAUGUUAAAAAAAGACUUGUCUGGUGACCAAUUUCUUUCUGUUCCUUCACACUUCACCUGGAACAAACCAAAGCCUGGCCAUACUCCUAUCUUUCGGUAAGUAAUUGUGGGAAAUGGACUACUUGUGCUGUUCUCUUUAUAUGUACAUAUGACUAGAAGUUGAUACACUGUAAUACAAGAUAGUAAGUCUCUUUAGGCAGUUGUAUUCCUAAGGUAUUUUGUUGUAAACAAAUCACCUAGUGCCUGAACAUUAUAUUGCCUCACAAAUUACAACUAAAUAACUUGUAAAUCAUUGAAUAGGUGUAGAGAUAAUUUGGCCUAGACACAGGCCUCAUUCAAGCAUAGUGCUAAGCUAUUUAAAGUUUCACUUCCAGUUUUAACUCUUCAAACAUGGAUAAACUGUGGUCAAUCUUAACUAUGGUUUAGGGAAACAAAUCAAGCCAUGGUUAAUUUAUUUCCCAUGGCUUAUUUCCCCAGGCUAUGGUGAAAAUUAGUUAAGAUAAAUCAGUUUUGGAUUUGGAUAUAACAAUAAAUUUCAAACACUUAAAAAUGAAAGUCAAAGUUCCUGAUCUCUUUGUAGCCUUGCCAGAGAAUUAGAGACUAAUGAAGAGGGCGGGAAGAGACACAAGCCCAUAGUUUAGUGUUGUAUAAAAGGUAAAAAGGUAAAGGACCCCUGGACGGUUAAGUCCAGUCAGAGGUGACUAUGUGGUUGCGGCACUCAUCUCACUUUCAGGCUGAGGAAGCCGGCGUUUGCCCACAGACAGCUUUCUGGGUCAUGUGGCUAGCAUGACUAAACUGCUUCUGGUGCAACGGAACACUGUGUAUCCAAAGCAAACCACAGUGACCCAGUUCACAUGACAUGGUGAGCCAAACUAUGGCUUAGCAUGACUAUGCAAACAUGGACUUCCAGAGAGGAGCUUGCAAAUUGACUGCUGGUUGGAGCUGAUGGUUGUUGGAGUCCAACAGUAUCUGGAGGACCACAGGUUGCCCAAUCCUGCUCUGUACCCUUCCAAGCUGUAAACAAGAAAGUACAUAUGCUGCUGUUAUGGUACUAUACUCUGUUCUUUGCUAGAUGUUCUACAGAUGUUUCUACAGAUGUAGAAACAGAUAGGAAUUUCGCCUCUUAUCUCUCCCCCUCCCCUUUUUCUCCACCAGAAUGUAGCAUUUUCAGAAUCUUACGAUCAAAGUAGGGCACAUCCACACCAUACAUUUAAAGCACAUUUAACACAUAUUUCAAGCACAUGGCUUUCCCCCAAUAACCCCAGGAACUGUAGUUUAUUAAGGGUGUUGGGAAUUGUUGUCAUGUGAGGGGUAAACUAUAGUUUCCUCAGGAUUCUUUUUUUGGGGAAGCCCCCCCCCCCAAUAGUUAACACAGCACCCUUUAGGUCUUUCCGAUAUUCAGCUGGGCAGCUACACGAAUAUAUCCAAUUAGGGACUUGAAAUGACAAGCCCCCUUGUUGUUUUGAACAGUGUUUAGCAGGGCCAGUUCCAGAGAUUUCAGUAUUUGCUGUCCAGACAUUUUAGUAAUUCAGCAAAGUCCAAAACUGCAACACUUUUUCAUAAGUCCAGCAUGUAUGCUGGAAUGACCCUGGUUCCCAGUAUCCUCUCCAUCAUAUUAUUGAAUUAGAUAUCUUCAUUUGAAACAGUCUCAUACGCAUCAUAUACCAUUUUUGCACAAUUUUUAAUGUUUGCUCCCUCCUACUAGAUGAUAUGGAUUUAAAUGGGAAUGUUAGUCACAUAGAAUUCCAGCAACUGCCUUCAAUCAAAAUAUUAUUCUCUCUGACUCUCACAUCCAUUACAGGCCCUCUGCAGUGCCCAUAUCAAUGUUUAAAAGUAGUCAUUUGCAUUACCACAUUUUUCCUUGGUUGGUUGCUUUUUUCAGAUAAUUUCAUCUGGUCCAUUGAAAUUGAUGGACAAGGCUAACUUGGGUACAUUAAUUUUAGUCGGUUUAUUCCAAGUAGAAUUUAGUUGGAUACAGCCCGCAGAGUUUAUGUUGGGUAUGUUGAGCCCACUCUUCUCCUUUAGAUCUCCCUGAUAGAAAAAUGAGAGUGCUUUAAAUAAUUCCUACCCAUUUCCCUUCUUUUAUCAGUGCAAUGGAAAAAAUUGGGUAUUAUUACUUAACAUUUGUUUACUAGCCAGAUGUCUGAAAUCAGAAGGCUUUUUUAGAUUUACUCUGAUUUUGAAUUAGCAAUUCAACAAUACUUUAAUCCUUUUAGGGUUAUCAGUCAUGGGUUAUCAGCCAUAGCUAUUGGUGACUGCCUAAACAGAAACAAAGCAUAUCUUAACUAUGUAUUGCUCAGUAACAUUAGAAACUAAGCUAUAUAAACAAAGCCUUCAAAUAUAUUUGUUGACCUGGGAAUAAGUGUCCCCAUAAAUUCAGCAGGUACCUUUGAAGUUAUUAGGUGUUAGAAGAAUAAACAGUUUAAUGUUUACGCACCAUCUAAUGGAUCUUUAAAAAUGCAGUUAGGUUUAAGACGUUAACACAGGUGCGUGUGUUUGCCCUGUGGUGUUCCGAUUUUCAGUCUUUUAGCAGUGGCAAACAUUCUGACACCAGUUUAAAUAAACUUUGGUGCCAUGAAGCAUUGGCGUUGGAUCCUGAAACCAUGAUUGUUUUGCAUUUUCCUAGAAACUGGAGCCAGAAAGACAAACUUACUGGCUGUUGGAGCAUCCAAACUUCCCUAAAUAAAGCUCCAUGUUCAGUUACCAAUGUAAUAGUGGAAGAUAACCUACACAUACAGUGGUACCUCGGGUUAAGAACUUAAUUCGUUCUGGAGGUCCGUUCUUAACCUGAAACGGUUCUUAACCUGAGGUACUACUUUAGCUAAUGGGGCCUCCUGCUGCCGCCGCGCCGCUGCUGUACGAUUUCUGUUCUCAUCCUUAAGCAAAGUUCUUAACCCGAGGUACUAUUUCUGGGUUAGUGGAGUCUGUAACCUGAAGCAUCUGUAACCUGAAGUGUCUGUAACCCGAGGUACCACUGUACUUGAUUCUUCAAAAUUGUGUAGUGCAAGGUCAGAGGCAAAAGAGAGAGAAAAAAACCUUGAAAUGAACAGUGUAGGCUAAGGCAACAUUUGCUAUAUAAAGGUAAAGGAUCCCUGACAGUUAAGUCCAGUCGCGGACAACUCUGGGGUUGCGGCGCUCAUCUUGCUUUACUGGCUGAGGGAGCCGACGUUUGUCCGCAGACAGUUUUUCCGGUUAUGUGGCCAGCAUGACUAAGCCGCUUCUGGCGAAACCAGAGCAGUGCACGGAAACGCCGUUUACCUUCCCACUGGAGCGGUACCUAUUUAUCUACUUGCACUUUGACGUGCUUUUGAACUGCUAGGUUGGCAGAAGUUGGGACCGAGCAACGGGAGCUCACCCCGUCACAGGGAUUCAAACUGCCGAUCUUCCGAUCGACAAGCCCUAGGCUCAGUGGUUUAGACCACAGUGCCACCACACAUCCCAACAUUUGCUAUACUUUGUGUAAAUAGGUUUGGGGCAAUUGAUGCUAUUUGCCUAAGAGCAGCAAAUAGCCUGACAUGCAGUUUGACAAAAGAACUUAGGUUUAACAAUAUUGCCCCUUGGAACAGGAAGCCUGUUUCUCAAGGUUAGAGCUGUAAAACAGAAAGAGUUUUGUGGCUGAUCACUCUGCUCUUUGCCCACUUGCAUGUUAAAGCAGUACACACUUUCUGCAUUAGCUUUGCAAUGCUUCUCUUGCUUGGUAUUCCUUAGCCAGUUCUGCCAUAGAUGCUGGGCACUGGUAACUGCUGUGCUAUCAGACAAACAAAUAUUUAAGUAAUAACCAUAAAGAAUUCAACUAAGACUGUCAUAGUCAAGUUGAACUACAGUGUAUGUCAUUAGUGUUUUAAGUGGGCAAAUGAGAUUCUAUGUUCAGAUGCUGGAUUUACUAAGUGGUUUCCAUUUUUUAUAUGUUAUACUUGGACUAGUUUUAGUUGCAAAUAAUUUUUCUGUCCUCCUGUGAAAUUGGAUAGGUGUCUUGGACCAGUCAGCUGGGUAACUUUGAGGUGGUAGUGUAUAUUUGUUUCGUUUUUCAUAAAUGAGAUCAAUUUAGUGUAGCAUUCUUAAUAGUACAUUGACCACUCACUGAAGGCUUCUCUUGAUGGUGGGAUAUGAGAAAUACUAAUAAGCAAAAAAGGGUUUUGGGUAAUGUUCUCCCUAAUGAACAUUUUUAAAAUCUGCAUCUUUUCUCUGAUAGUUUGUUUACUCAAAAAUACAUUGCUAGCAGAUACGCUUUUUACCUUGGUCCCCUCUACUUAUUUAAAGUUUAGCUCUUAUUUUGAGUAAUGCUGACAUUUUUUCUGGUAUUUUUGUAGGAAUUCUCAGCGUUUCAUUCUCUUUCCUCUAAUGUUAGAGGAGAAAAUAAUGAUGAAUAAAGUGUAUGCAUUUAAUUAUAAUACAGCUGCUAUUAUUGUCUGCUAUUGACAGAGCAGUUGCCAACAAGUGGUGAUCAUUCUAAUAAGAACUCUCAUGAUUUCUGUCAAUUUUGAUAAUACUACAUUUGUAUUAUUUGUUCAUAUAUGCCCUUGCAGCUUGGGUGAACAAAUUCACCUAAGUUUACAAGAAAUGCAUGCUUUCCUCCUUGGUUUUUCAUCUUCUGAAACAUGGAAAAAGGUGGAUGGUAAGAUGACUUAGCUAAUUAAGGGUUCUGCUUUUAACCUAGAAAAGGCUGCAUGGAUUUCAUUAAGUUAGGAGGACAGCACUUAAUUAUGGAAGGUGAUCUUAAGUAAUCCAGACAUCUAUCAAAUAAAUCUGUCUAUUGGGAAAGAGGCAGUCAUGGCCAUAUUCAGUAGGCUAGGGUUUGCAGGUGUCUGCUUAUGCUCCAUAGGAAAGCUUAGGCAAUCGCUGUAUUACAAGCAGCAGUCUUUCCAUGACUUCAGAAAUGUGAGUUUUACAGCCUGGCUAAUGAAUAUUUUGGAAUAAUGCAAAAGUUUACCGUGGGGAGUGAGGCUCAAACACCAUAGUUAUUGGCUUUGUAGUAUUAUACUUCAUUGAAGAGCGAAUUUCAGAUUAAGAUUAAUAAGAAUUAUGGUUCUGAAUGCAGGUUUAACUGCUCAUGAUGGUCACAUUGUAUUUAAAACAGUUUAAAGUACAUAACUUUUAAAAUUUGAUCCUGCUAUGUUUGUUUGACCCUGCUUAGACUUCUGUUUUGUUUUGUUAGCCAAUCUUUUAUUUAUAAUGCUACAAUAAAGAUAAGUAAGAAUCCCUCUAUGGCUGCUAAUAACAUUUAAAAAUUGUUUAAACAUCUUGAAAGACCAGUAACAAUAGAAAGCCCACAUAUGCAUUCCUUAGACUGAAUGAUCAGGGUUUUUUUAAAUAGAACUUUUAAUGUAUUUAAAUAAGAACCUAAACUUCAAUAACGCAUAAGAACAAAAAAGGAAAAAAAGGAAAACAACAAAACUGAGUGAAAACGAAAAUUAAACUUGUACACAAAUAGUACAAACUUGGGUUGCUUCAUUCACAUUCCCUGGAAAAACCUAUUAUUGGUGUUGGGGUAGUAACAUUUUUUAAAAUACUUGUUUUAUUUUUAAAUAUCAGGAUAUUUUCUUUGAAUGAUCACAUAGUUGGGCUCAAACUGUUCCACUCUUCUGAUCAACUCAAGAAGUGAAAUCUGUCCCAAGUAGGCCUCUCUCAUAAUUCUUAGUGGGUGAAGUGGUUAAUAUGAGAGGAAGUGCUGGCUAUGAUAUGCUGGACUAAAAUAUAUAUUUUGGAUGGGAUGGUUGUUCUCUUUUACCAAGCACACAGCUUUGGGCUCACCAUACUUGGAAUGGUGAGGGAGGAAGGGGACACCCACCUAGCCAGCCAGAUCAACUGAAUUAACCCUGGUAAUCAGUGCAGUGAAAGAUGUCACAGCCAGAUGGCUCUCACAUCUGACCAAAGGAUACAGGGCUUCUGUUAAGGGUUGGUUUUUUGAGUUAAAUUUUGCAGAGGAGAUUGGGUGAGGACUUCUGCAUGCAGUGAAGGUUUAUGAAAAUGCAACAAAUGUCACUUUUGCACAUGGUAGUCUCUCCUCAUUCAUACUGUGUCCUUUUCAUGGUGGCAAUUGCCUUAUAACUGACCACAUUACCCUUGUCCAGUGGUGGACAAGGUCCACCAUUGCAUGAAAUAUUUUACUGUAUUCAAUAGAUUUUUAUUCUGUUUGAUUUUUGUAUGCUCGCUUUUAUUACUGUAUUUGUAGUGCUUGCUGCCCUUGGCGCUGUUUAGGAGUUGAAAGUGCAGGGUAUAAAUGUAUUAAAUAAUGAAAUCUGUUCACUUCUUGUUUUUAGCACAUCUUCGUUGCCUCCCCUAGACUGGCCUUUGCCUACUCAAUAUGGACAGUGUGAAUUGAAAAUAGAAGUGCAACCAAAAACUCAUCAUAGAGCACAUUAUGAAACAGAAGGCAGUAGAGGAGCAGUAAAAGCAUCAACUGGUGGCCAUCCUGUAGUGAAGGUAAAAUAUGCUAAUAUAAUGUUUUAUCCGUGAACUACUGUUAACUUUGAAUGUUAAUGAAGAUUGUAAUAGAGGUGUGUGUUGAAUCAUAAAUUUUGAAGCAUUUUUAAUCUAAUCCAUUCCCUUGCCCCAUCCUCCAGAUGCCCCACAAGAUAGGCCACCCGUUGCUCAUCGUUAGCAAAGUCAUCAUGCUGCAGUUCCAAAGCGUACUCUAUUUCCGUUCAGAACGCAUUGUAGUCCUGGGGUUCCCCCCCAAACUUGUGUACCAGCCCCGGUACCUUCCUUGCGAUGGGGGUGGGUCUGACCUGAGCAUCCUGAGCUCGUCUUUCGUCCAGCCGCGCCAUCAGGAGAGCUACAUGCUGUUCCAAAUCUCGGUUUCUCUCUACUAGACCUUGCACUGCAGCUGCUUGCUCCGUCUCUCUGGCUCCUCCGGUCUGGCUCAUGGUGCUGCCUCCCUGGAGCUAUGCACAAGCAACGUCGGUGACUGACGGAUUGAUGUAAUGGGUUUAGGGGUAGCUCGUGCGUAAGUUGCCGCCACUCCUGGCUAGGUUACCUGGUUAACCCUUUCUGACUGAACAGCCUCCAGCAUCGUGACUGUCUCAGUCGCUGGCAGAAUCCGUCAGUGGGCGUUUCUUCAACUUCUUCCAGCACAAAAGUUCCUUGACGCCAAGUCUCCUCCUACUCUCCCUGCGCGGAAGUCUUCUGCGCAGGGAGGGUGUGGGCAGUGGAAUACCCGUACUCUCUCCGCUGGUCUCCGGCGAGGAGUCUUGGAGCCUCCUCCCCGAUUCCCCCAUCUGCCCCCCUUCUCUACUGGUGUUACGCUGAUUUCCUUCCCCAGCAGACGGGCUCCCUCUCUCCCUACUGGGACCCUCUCCACCAUCCCUUUGGAGCCUUUCCUCCGCUUCCAGCUCCGAUGGCAGUUCCCUGACACAAUCCUUUGUACAAGUAUUGGAAAAGCUUUAAAUUUUGUUCAUCCCUGAUUAUCUGUGGCAAAUGACUGUUACUUUCAAGGGAUGAGGUGCAUUUUCUCUGUUCUGGUAAUAGCUUCUGCGCCAAUAAUGGAGAGAAGUGUGUUGAAGAGCAACAUUACUGAGGUUUCAUGUAUAGUUCUCAUAUUCAGGGGUUGUUGUUGGGGUUUUUUGCCUUAAAGAUCCUGUCUCAAGAUAGAAAAGAAAACCAGAUUGCCAAGAAAUUAGUUUUCAGAAAAUUACAAGUUAUGUUUGAUAAUAAGUGAAACCAUACAUUAUGUUUAUGCUCUGUUAGUUGGGACUUUAGCUUGCUUACUUUGUGGAUUGUGUUUUUAGUCUAGAAAUGCGCACAAUUAGAAAAAGCUAGUUUUAAUAGAUGUGAUAAUAGUUGUUUGUCCUAAAGAAUGAGAUGGAAAAUGUAGUAGAAGGUGGUACUUUUUGUUAGAAACUGUCUGUAGGGCAGGGGCAUGCAGGAUAUCAAGUUCCACAGAAUAUGCCAUUGAGGAGAGUGUUGUUCCACUUAGUUCCUUCUUGUGGGCUUCCCAUGGGCAUCUGGUUGACCACUGAGAACAGAAUGGUGGAUAGGUGAGUCUUUGGCCUGAUCCAGCAGAAUUCCUAUUGAAACUAAUUAGGCAUCCUGUCCUAUGAGCAGUUUCCUAGCAAUAGGAUCCACACUCCAGUCCAGAAAGCAAGCGUGACUUGACUGUGUUCGGGAAUUUUGGUAGGAGCAAAGACUAACACCUGCUCAACAUGUCCUUUUUAUAUACCGUACAGAUUACUCGCAAUUUACACACAUUCAACUUUUCAACAUUCAACUUUAUGUGCUUAGCAUGAAUGAAUGAGGCAUAAAGGGAGUGGGUGUCUGGGGAAAAUAACUUUGGCAAUCCUACCUGCCAUUGUACCCAUUGUGUUUUGAUUAUAUGCAAUUUUGGCUUUAUGUGCUACAUAACUCCAGCGUAAGCUGAGAGUUGUCUGUAUAACACAAGUGGGCUUUGAGAUAAACGUAAUACCAUAUAUAUGAAGAAACACUGGGAUUUUUAAAAUUAUCAAUUCAGGUUGGGAGAUGGGAAGGAAGAAAUUUCCUAAAUUGUAUAAUUUAUGUAACAAUUAAAUGAGUGGAGCCCAAAUAGAAGCUUGUUUUACUUCCCUGGAUAGAAAUAUUGAAAAUGAAACAGAACCCACAGAUCAAGUUCAAAUUUUAACAGUAUUAGAAUACAGCUCUUACUUUUUUAAAAAAAGCAGCUGUUUAUCUAAGUAAAACUACUUCUUUUUAAUCAAGAGGGCAAACACUCCCCAGGUGAAGAGUCUAGUUGUAUUAUAUAUUAUUAUUCUUCCUCUGCUUGUUUCAACUAUCUCUUCUUUUUUAGAUUUGCCAUAUGUAUGUAAGACUUUAGCACUAAUUAGUAGGUAUUGAACUGCUUUGAAAGUAAGUUAGGAUGUAUGCGGCAUUUCACCCCCAUUUGUGUUAUUCAUGAAGUUUAUAUACAUAUAUGUGCUCAUGCACAUAGAUUCAGUAACUGAUACUGAAAUGUAUGUGAUCUAUAGGAGCUAAUGUAAAGGGAUGGCAGCUCCCCAUGCAGGAGAUACACUACUAUUCCUUAUCACAACUAAAACUCAGUUGCUGAUCUGUACAGUCAUUGUUCAGUCUCAUCUUGUGAAGAGGGAAGAAGUUGAGUGGUUUUCAGUCUGUACAGUUUUAGUUAACUGUGCUGUCGUGCUUUCUUGCUCACCAGUUGGUGCUGGGCACACCAGUCCUUCCAUUCUCCCCUUGCCUUUGUGUGAACUUAAGUUAUCCAGAGAACUUUUAUAACUGGACAGCCUAUAGAUAUAGUUACCUUAAAGUAAAUAAAAAUGCUGCUGUUCUAAGAGAUUUACCCAUAGCACUAUUCUACUGUUUGUCCACUUUCAAGUGUGCAUUAAUGUGUCCAAUUUGAGUGAUCAUCUCUUCUAUUUCAGUAGUGCAGUUGACUUUCUGAGUUGCUUCUACAGUUUUUGAUUGAGAGAGAUGCAGUCUUCAAAAAACAGCCUCUGUAAACAAAGUCUUGAAGCAGCUUGCCAAAAGUGUAGUUUAUGUGGAGCUGGGAUUAUUGAACUAACUUUGGAUAAGCUGAUAGUUUACAAGGAUUUUUCUUGUUUUAUAAUGGUUAUUAGAACCAGUUAAGUGUUGCAAUGUGAGAUUGCUAGAAACCUAAGCACCAUGCAUAGCCUUUUAUAGAAUAACAUCUUAGCAGUAAGUAUUAAAAUUGGUUGUUUACAACUUUUAUUUUGAAAUAAGUUGGCUUGUGUGAAAGGAACAUUACUAGGACCACUUCUAUAAUUAAGCAAAAUAAAGUGUGCUGAGCUUGGAGUUCAUAUGAGAGCCUUUCCACAAAGCUUACAUUAUUUGAUGGGGGCAGUAUUGGGGUAUGAAUUAUAAGGUACUGGAAAGUAAUAAGAAAUACCAGUCAGGAUUCUCACUGGGUGGCCUUGGACAAGUUCCUGUUUCAGCUAUUAAAUCUCAUGGACUGGUGGUGAGGAUAAAUGAAGAUAACCUAGAGUUUCUUGGAAGAUUGGUGGGAUACAAAUGCAUUGAAAAUGAGAUGAAAUUUAGUUUAGCCUUGAAUUGAAUUUAGAACAUUUCUGACCAUAAUUACUAAAGGAACUUUCUCCACUCAUUCAUCACAACUUGACUGUCAUGUUAGUCUGUUGUGCCUCUGUUUCUGGUGGCUGUUCUUUCUUGUAUUUUCUUUUUUAAAUAGAGGUCUCCAAGGGCUCCAUCAUUUAUUAUCAGUUUUUAGGUCCAAACUAGUUAUAAAAGUGAGAGAUCUGUGAACAUAUCAGUUGCAUUUCAAAAUCCUCUAUUUCACUCUAUUACUACUGCAUUGGUAGUAGGUUUGAAUCAGGGAUGUGCAGUGGAGAAAGGGAAGAUUAACCCUAACCAUGUGUCAUCUUUCCAUUUUUAAAUCGCCUACCAGUUGCUGCUUGCCCCAUGAAGAGAACAUUAAAAUGUCUUGCAGUUCCUCCAUUAAGCACAAACUGAUCUUGUGCCACUCUGUUUUAUUUUCCCUCUGUGCAUGAAGUUGGGAUUUUCCUGAAGCUGGUACAACUAUAUGUGUUUAGAAGUUAGCACUUAAUUAUGAAAUCUCUGGCCUGGUAGCUGGAGAGUUUGCAAGAGAAUUGAUAAGGUGAUGUUGAUGAAAAUGUUGUUUAACGUUGGAGCAUAAUGUUUAAUAUUAGCUUGCCUUUUCCAGCCCUUCCAUUGUAUGUUCUCAAGAUGCUUACCCCCAGCACCUUUGAGGCUGUUCUGUAUGUUGGCGGUUAAAUACAGAAUAAACUGCCAAUCUGCUAAAGGAGGUGGGGAGUCAAAACUAGAAGAUACAAAAAACGAACUUUGACUAAAAUGACUUUAAAGUUUGCCUGUUCAGUUUUCUUUGCUAUAUGCAUGCUCAUUUUAUAUUUUUGAAUUUUUUUACAAGUACCUGGUCUGCACCAGUUCUGUGCUUGUAGCCCCCCAAUCUGGAUUGUGUGGGUUAUUUUCUGCAAGGACCUAUAUAAGAUGGUAACUUCAGAUCUGGAAAUUUAAAGGUCUAACCAAAAUAAUUCUAAUGCUGUUUAAUAUGGUAACAUUAUGUCAUUCCAAAAUGUCAGUUACCAAUUCAAACAAUAUGGUCAAAAGCUUAACCUUGUUUUUAAAUUAUAUUUUUAUUCCUUUUCUUAAGUUUAAACAACAACGCAUGCACACAUAUCACAACAUACACAACAGAAACAAAGUUUAACUUUGUAAUAAAAAUCUGCAUGCGUCUUUGGUUGAAAGCAUUGUGUUCUAGAUAUUUUCAAAUAUUAAAAAUGCAUACAUACUGAUUUUCAUAAAUUCAUCUCGCUUUACAUAAAAGCAGAGUUAUCCACCUGUAACACACUAGUACAAUUAGUUUUUUCAGGGGGAAACUAUUGUAGCUUAUCCUUUGGUGACCUUCUCUCUUCAGCCUUUCAGCUUUAGUUUAACUUAGCAUCCACUGACCUUUGCUAUGGAAACGAUACAGAAACACACAAACAACUUGGCAGAGUUUCCUCCAUAAAGCAAUGGGUUGUGUGUUACAGUAUACAGUUACUAGCGGAGGGUUUUUAGAGGUCAGUAGUGACAGUGUGCUGUAACUUUUUCAUUAUUUACAACAUUCUGUUUGAUCCCUUGGGUGAAGAGUAUAUGAUUAUGUUUACAAAAUGAAAGUGUAUGAUUGUGUUGCACAUGAGUGUGUUUAGAUUUAACUGGAGCAGAUGCUGGUAGUAAAUAUAAAUUUAUUUUAAAUAUACUGUGCUCCCUUUUGUAAUAUUACACUUCUAGCUCAUCUCCUCUCCCUUCAACCACCAGUUUAAUUUACUAUCUUUGUGUAAAGGACAUAUGGUUGCAUAUUCAACAGGCUGGCAUUGGUGUCAGUAAUCUAAUUAAACUUAAUAUUUAUGGGAUGAUUUAUCACUGCCUAACUUGUAUGAGAAUUUUGGAUUUUACAGAAGGACAACAAUGCAGCUGUCAUUCCAAGUAGACAUACACAUUUUCUUUCUGGAAGACUUGUAAAGGGCAAAAUCAUGCAAAACUCUUCUGCAUGGGUGGAUUCGUAGUUAAGGAAGACGGCAUUGAACAGAACUAUUGUGGGGACAUAGGUUGCUGCCUUACACCAGACCAGUUUAUUUGUCUGUCCUAGGGCUGUCUCCUCUGACUGGCAAUGGCUCUUUAGGGUCUCAGGAAAAGGUCUUGUUCUUUACUUGUUACCUGGUUCUUUUAACUCGAAAUAACUGGGACCUUCUCUGUAUAAAGUAUGUGCGCUACCACUGAAUUAUGGUCAAAUGUCUCUCAGAAACCUUAAUGCCAGGAAAAAGAAUCUUGAGACAAUAUUGAUGAUAGUUAUUCUGGUUUUUUAACUCCUCAGCUUCCUCUCCAAGGAGAUGUACAAUAAAAUAGUCUCUACACAAUACUGUAAAGCACAAUACAGUUGGAACAUCCACUCUGGCACAACCUAUUUUAUUUAUUUAUUUAUUUAUUUAUUUAAUAUAUCUAUAUUUGUACUGGGUGAUACCUGGUUUUCAACAUCAUGAUAUAUCACCAGCUAAAUAUGAUAUCUCUAUAUAUCACAGUACAUAUCUGUGGUGGUGGAGGGCCUUGCUGGGCCUCCCCAUGGCGGCAGAGGGUCCUGCCAUACCUCGCUGCAGUGGCAGAGGGUGUGUCGUGUUUCCGCGACAGCAGCAGAGGGCCUUGACAAGGCUCCCUGCGGUGGUGGAGGGCCUUAAAAUUUAAGAAAGUAGUAGAUUUAAUAAAAAUAUUAAAUAAACUUCCAUAUGAUACAUUUAAUAUAUUUUCAACCAACUUAAGAAUAGUUUAAGUAAUUUGCUAGCCAAGUUGCAUCUGCUUCCCCACUCAGAGGUCUAAGUGGAAUCUCUGCAUACCUAAGCCCCACUGAGUUCAACUAAACUAACUUCUACCUUCCUGGGAGCAAGCCUCAUUGAAUUCAGUAGGGCUUGCUUGUGAGCAGACACAAAUUUGCUUGCACUGCUUACUGAAAAACACCCUCCCCAUCAUUCUCACAUAGUACCCAACCUCCCAUUUCAGCAUAAGGCAGCCAGCUAAAUCUCCCCUCCAUUCGCCCCCCCCCACAGAAGAGCCCCCCACCCCAAAGCCCUCAUCUCACCAAGCUCUUCCUUUAUAUCCAAGGGAGGGAGGGCAAGCAAGCAAAAUAUAGUCUCCUUUAAAUAAAAAAACCCUUCCUUUUUGACAUGGAGGAAAGUUAUUUGGGGGGAACCAACAACGUAAACACCACCAGAAAAUUUAAAAACACGCUUCCUUCUCUUUUUUCACUGGUGGGGUUGUGAGAGAAGAAAGAAGUGCUUUCCAGUUCUUUGUUUACUUUGUUUGCUGCUGCAUCUUGACUGUCUAGCUGGGUGGGGGGGUUUCCUCCUGGAUUGUUAGCAGGUUCUACAUAACUAGCUGAGUUCUAAGUGGAAAGACAUGGGUGGCGCUGUGGGUUAAACCACAGAGCCUAGGGCUUGCCGAUCAGAAGGUCGGCGGUUUGAAUCCCUGUGACGGGGUGAGCUCCCGUAGCAUUUUGAAAGCAUGUCAAAGUGCAAGUAGAUAAAUGGGUACCACUCCGGUGGGAAGGUAAACGGUGUUUCCGUGCGCUGCUCUGGUUUCGCCAGAAGCGGCUUAGUCACGCUGGCCACAUGACCCGGAAGCUGUCUGCGGACAAACGUCGGCUCCCUUGGCCAGUAAAGCGAGAUGAGCGCCGCAACCCCAGAGUUGUCCGCGACUGGACCUAAUGGUUAGGGAUCCCUUUACCCUUUAAGUGGAAAGAUACUGGUGAAGCUGAAAGUGUUUGCUGGUUUGUGUGAGGGCUUUUCUUAUCGGUUAGGAGGGAGAGAGCAAACAAAGCUGGAUAUACCAUUCCAGCAAAUAAACUGCAAAGUAAAGUAUUGUUCAGAUGAGCUACCCCCUGGGAAGCUGUUAGUGUCCACCUUUCGUUCACCGGUAUAUUGCCUUGGUGAAACACUUAGCACAAUGUUAUCAAUGAUUUAUCACACAUCCCUAAUCUAUAUAUCUGUAUUUUGGGGGUUUUCAGAGCUAGCCCUGCAGAUGGCAACAACUGUGUAAACGAAAUAGAUUUUUAGUAUUUUCUUGAAAUAAAACUUUUUUCAAGCAAAGUAUUGAAAGUGUACAUGGAAAGUGUUACGUUGCCAUAUUGUGAAUGUGGGCAUAAGUAUUUUUCACAAGAAAGACCCUAAGCAAAGAACAGGCAGGAAUCUGGUACUUUACUUUUAGUUUUGCCUAAAAAAAGGUAGAAUCAGUUCAGACAACAUAUGCCUGAAAGAGCAUGUGUUCAAGUGAAAGCAGUCUUGGACUUAAAUGAUGGAGUAGUUUUCCUUUCAUUUGCUGAGGUAGUGCUCAUUAAGUACAGUAGUCAAUGCUCUUUCUAUGAAGUUCCUGAAGUUCACUAGAAAUAUUUUGGGCAUCUGUUGUGCAUCAACACAACCUGGAAUUCAGUAAGUUCAAAGUGUCUGUGGGAGAGAAUAUUAUUCAAGUGUUCAAAGAUACACAGUAGUGUAUAGCUGCUUAUUUUGGCUGUUUUGAAACACUAAUAUGGAAGCAAACACUGCAGGAUACAAAAGUAGUAUAUAAGGCAGAAACAUUACAAGACCAAAACGGAAUUUGUAGUUCUGUGUUCUUCCUGGAGGUGCUUCUUUUUACCAUCUUCAUUUUGCUUCAGCACCAUCAUGUCAAGAGCUCAUCUCCACCCAGAUGGUUUAUGGUAACCUUACUAGCUUACCCUCUGGCCUUCAGGUACAAGUGCUAAAUUCCAGGUUAGUCAAUAACAAUUUUUUCCUCAUCCAUUUGUGAUUAAUUGUGGAUGAGGAGGCUGACUUGGUGUGCAGUACUGAGGCUUGGUGAGCUGGGAGGAGUUAGUCUAUCUGGGCUGUUCCUUUUUGGGUACUCAGUGCAAGCAUAAGUAUAGGCUUGUGAGAUCUCUAUAGGAAUUCCAUAAGUCAUCCUGUUCAGUCAUGUGCCAGGUUUGUACUGGGGUCUAGGGAUUGAUUAGGGAUUCUGCUGGUGUAUCAGCCACCCUGCUUCCCAUUUGUUUCCCUGCCUGAGCUGAUGUAGAUGGUCCCUAAGUUGAUGUUGAGGAAGAUUGAUCUGGGAAAAUUUGCCGAGACCAUUCUAUCCAGCUUGACUGGCACGCAUAUGAAAGCCUUGGCCAGUCUGUGGUUAUGCAGAUGACACAAUGCUGCAUAUUAUUAUUGUUUCAAUUGUUUCUGUGUUUCUUGCUGGUUUUAACUUGGUUUUUUUGGCUGGGCUUAUUGCCUUGUUGUAGUGUUUUUAUUCUGAAUUGUGUUUACACAAACCACCCAGGGAACCUGGUUGGAAGUACAAUAUAUAAAUGUAUUUAUACAUUUAUACAGUACAAUAUAUAAAUGUAUUCAAUAAAUACAAGGCAACAUUAUUGCAGGGCAACAUUUGCAUGGGGAGAAUUGGUGGACAGUUUAGGUUCUUAACCACUGUGGUCUAAUUGACCCCAGUGCCAUGAUUAGUAAAACACUUCUCUUUUUUUAAGCAUAGGAUGAUCAAGACAUGUAGAACCAUUCUUAUUUUGUUGUUCCAGAACAAGUCUAUAACUUCCAGCCAGUGUAAAUGUUUAAAAAUAAAAUAUUGGAGAAUAGUUAUACUGAGUUUCCCAAGCACAUUGCAUUAUGUGGCAGUUAAUUUAAGAUUAGUACAGUUGAUACAGCACAUUGCUGCUUCCUUAAAAUAUCCUAGUUUAUAACAUUGUGUCCCCAACAGCUGUUGGAGUUUGUAGAAAACCCAGCAGUAGUAAGGCCAUGCUGGUUCAUAAAUGUCAAAAUGCUGUAUUUACCUUAUUGGGGCCAAUUAACAUGGGCAACUUUCCUGCCAAGUAGUAUCUCUCUCUGCCUGUCCCGCCCAUCACUUUGGUGUAGAAUCUAGGUGAAAUUUAAGCUGGUGAAGAGCACCCCCUCUUGUUUAACCCUCAUUUGGCACCUGGAUAUAGCUUUCUGAAUGCUUAAUAGGUGAGCCAGACUAGCAGCCUUGUCAGGUGAUGUCUCAUCUCUUAUUCCUGGGAUACAGUGAUUAUGUUCCCCACAACACAGUGGGGAGUUAUUGUAGGGAGUGAUUGUGAAUUUUGAUUGUAUUUGAUACAUUUCUUGAUGAGCCAGGAAGUCAAGUCAAGUUGGGUUUAAGUAAGCUGCUGUCAUUUCUGUUCAGCAGUAAAGUGAUAUUUAAAGUACUGUAAUUCCUUCACUGAGGUCCAGCUCUGAGGGCCUUCUGGUGGUUCCCUCACUGUGAGAAGUGAGGUUACAUGGAACCAGGCAGAGGGCCUUUAAGGUAGCGGCGCCCACUCUGUGGAACGCCCUCCUAUUAGAUGUCAAGGAAAUAAAAAAGUAUCUGACUUUUAGAAGACAUCUGAAGGCAGCCCUGUUUAGGGAUGUUUUUAAUGUUUGAUGUUUUAUCGCAUUUUUAAUUUUCUGUUGAAAGCUGCCCAGGGUAGCUGGGAAAACCCAGCCAGAUGGGUGGGGUAUACAUAAUAAAUUAUUAUUAUUAUUAUUCAUGAGUUACAAAGAUUGCAAUGAAUGUAUGGGAACUAUUUUAAGUGGUGGUAGUAGAAUUCAUAUUUAAAGUUUUUUAAGUAGGUACAGCUACAAAAAUGUAUACCUUGAGACAAAUUCUAAACCAGUGGACUCCAUAAUCAUGCCUUUUAAAUUAUUUGGACUCAUGUAAGUAAAUGUAUUUAUGUAUGACUUACAGUCCUAAUGCAUUAACGUCUGUUUUUUAGUAUUUGGGCAAAGCCAAUUUCUUUUACAAAACCGGGAUUCAGAAGUUAUCUUUUUUUCUUUUUUAUUAGCUCCUGGGUUAUAGUGAAAAGCCAGUAAACCUACAGAUGUUCAUUGGGACAGCGGAUGAUCGUUAUCUACGGCCACAUGCCUUCUAUCAAGUGCAUAGAAUCACGGGUAAAACAGUUGCUACUGCUAGUCAAGAGAUAAUUAUUGCAAGCACAAAGGUCUUGGAAAUUCCACUUCUUCCUGAAAACAAUAUGUCAGCCAGGUACGUCAAAAGAUACGUUCAAGCAGAUCAACAUAUUGCAUUCCAGGUUUCCCAGCCAUAUUUAGGGAGGUGAUAUUACAAACUUCUUAGGAAAUGUGUGCUAUCUUCUAAUGAUGGCUUCUCAACAGUCGCUUCAUUUUAAAGAAAGUAUUCUCCAGAUUGAUACAAGAUUUAUUAUGGAUGCGUUUUCCUAACCUGUAAAUGACACACUGAAAUGUUUUCUGCUAUAUAGUGUUUCUCUUAAAUGAAAGAUUACCAGUUUCUUGCAGUAGUUUAAAGUUGUUGCGGCUGCUACUGUAUUUUACAUGAAAUGAAUGAGAAAUCUUUUUACAGUAACGUGAAGCAGGAUUUUUUGGGUGUAGCUGUCCCUAAGACAGGUGUUUUCAAGUUACAUUUUGGAUUGUUUUUUAAACUAUAUCUGGAUUUUUAUGGGUGUAAAUCAUCUUGACACAUGUAGAAGGUGGAUCAUAAAUACAUUGGCUAGAUAAUAACCGAUUCACUUACUUUUUUGUAUUUGCAUAUUAGAAUUUUUAAGUAAUUUUUAUUAGCCUGUAAGCAUAUUCAGGAUAGCUGUUUGUUCUCUCUUUCACUCCCCAUGCCUCUACAAUUUCUGUAUGAUUCAUAUUGAUUCCAGAAAUUAUUAUUUUUUAAAAAAACAUAUACACAGCUCAAUUGUAAAAAACCUCAGAGCGAUUUACAAAAAUUGAAAGUUUUUUUCAAACAAAACAAAUGUUUCUAGUCCAUGUAAUAGCAAAAUUCUAAGAUCUGACCAAAUAGGAAUGUUAAAAUAGAUUGGCUCAGAUGUAAUGUUUUGAUCUCCAAAUCCAUGUUUUGGCAGGUUAGGCAUGUGCAUUCCCUCCCCUCAUACACUCAGAUUUCCUCCUUCCCUUCCUCCUUUGCACAAGUCAUAGUUUGGGUGCAAUAGUAGACUAUGGUUUGCUCAAACUAGGAAGAGAGUAUGUGGGAUAAAGAAGGAGUCCAUGAGCCUUCACCAUGUGGUUUGGAGGGAUAGGAAUGUUGUAUUCGAACUGACUUGGUGAAUUUGAGCUUAAUCUAACCCUCAAGAUUUAUUAGUUCAGAUGGAAGAAAUGUGAUACAUGAAGGUAACAGUUGCUGAAUGAGGCUUGUAACAAGUGCACCCUAGCCACCAGCUGUAGUCUGGCAUGUGCAAUUUUCAUGAGCAUUACUCAUGAGAAUUUCAUUGGCAUAUGUUAACUAUAGGAAUAGUCACCCAAGGUUCUUCCAACUCCUACAUUUUCAGAGUGGACCUUAGUGUUGGAUAGUUUGUCUACUUCUACCAUAUACCUGUGGUGUAAUACUUUGCCUGUUUAGUGUUUUGCAAAUUUAAAAAAGUAUCCAGUUUCUUCCACAUUUUAUUAUAUGCAUAGUUUGCCAUUUCAAAAUGAUCAUUUCAUGGAAAAAUAAGAGAUUGUUUUGUUUCUUUGUGUGGCACAGCUGCGGUUGCUUCUAAGGGUGACUCCUGCCAUUUUAAAUAGCAUUCUUUGUUUCUGCAUUUGUUAAUGGUACUGGGGUAGAGUAUUGAGACUGUAUUCCAACAUAAGCUAGUAAAGAACAAUGUGCAUGGAUGUUGGUUUCAUGUCUGACAAGCAUUCAAACAGCAAGAAGGAAAAUAUGAAUAACUAUAAAAUAUGCAUACUUGAAUUAUAUAAAAAGAAACACCUGACAUGUACAUUUUCAUUCAACUCUCUGUCUCCCAUAGUAUUGACUGUGCAGGUAUUUUGAAACUCCGCAAUUCUGACAUAGAACUUCGUAAAGGGGAGACAGAUAUUGGAAGGAAGAAUACAAGAGUGCGGCUUGUGUUUCGAGUUCACAUCCCACAGCCUAAUGGAAAAGUCUUGUCCCUUCAAGCUGCUUCAAUACCUGUUGAAUGCUGUAAGUUUUCUCUUCUUUGUGUUGUGUUCCUCAUUGAGUACGCUUAAUAAAAUAAAAACUGAUUUCAUGCUGGAUUCAUCCCCUUUUGAUGCUAAUUUGUACUCAUUUUUAAGUUAUUAUUUUGUUGUGUUAGUUUUUGCCUUUGUUGGAUUAAUUGGCUAGAUCAGGCUUCCUCAACCUUGGCCCUCCAGAUGUUUUUGGCCUAUAACUCCCAUGAUCCCUAGCUAGCCAGACCAGUGGUCAGGGAUGCUGGGAACUGUCAUCUCAAAACAUCUGGAGGGCCGAGGUUGAGGAAGCCUGGGCUAGAUCCAUAUUGAUAGUUAUAGAAAUACAUAAUAUUAGAAUUCUGAAUUUAGCAUGGCAAUAUAUAUUAUUGCCUUAUUAUUAGCUGUGUGGGGCUUCUAGCUGGAAGGAAAUACUGGUAUAAAAUUAGAUGCAAUUUACAUGCAUAACAUUACCUGAAUGGAUAAAGACUGCCAAAUUACUGUCAAAUAGAUCCAGGGUUUUGGUUUUGUGUUGGGCUCCUUUAAAAGUUAAUAUUGGUAGGAGAACUAAAUGGGAUUUGCAGUUUUGUGGGAAACAAUUUUAUUAUAAAAAGGGCAUGCAUCAAAUACUCUAGGAAAGCAAACUGCACAAUUUCAGAAGUUUGGGUGUAGGGGCUAGGGAGUUAUGAUAAAUGAGUGUAGCGGGAGAUGGGGAAACUUCAGGUUUGUGUUCUGCUGUAUUGGCACCAAAAAUAAGAAAGCUGAUUAACAGGAGUGGAUUGUGGGGAGAUGGUACAGAGACAGAGGGAUUCAAAUGUCUAGCAUUUCCAAGGAAACACCCCUAACAGAACUAGGAAAGACUACAUAAUAGACAAGAACAAGGUGAUAUGUUACUUUAACAUCCAUUCCCAAAAGUUGAUUUGAGAGCCCUGGUAAAAUCCCUCUGAUUGGAAGCUAAAGAGUUCUUCUUCUCCCUUAAAUGGCAAGCUUAGGGAGAAGUGUUUCCAUUUUUGGAGAUCUACUGCACAGUUUUUUUAACAGUCACAUUCCCCUCAAUCUGUUUAGAGGUCCCCACUUGUGUUUGCAGCAUUUCUGACAAUUCCCCUUCAGCUAAUAAAAGCUCUGAAUAUGUCCCACUUCAGUUUUUGACUUGGAAUUUGUCCAAAUCUGAUGCAUACCCUCACAAAAUAACUUGCAUUUUGAUAUAAACGCUUUUGAACCACAAUUUCUUUUGAAAAACAUUAUUUGAGUCAUGUAGCAUUGUUUUCAACAUGGGAUUUUCCACCCAUUUUAAUAGCUUAAAUUGUGCCUCAUAGCAGAUUUAUAUAAAAUUUGUUCUAAUUUAGCAUUUUCCUUUCAUAGAAGGGGCAUAGUUGACUUGGAAACCAGCUUAGUGAUAAUGAUAUAUGGAUAAGAAAAACUUGUUUUCCUCUCCUUUAGGAAAAUGAACACUGCAUGAUUACCAGCACCUAUCUACGAUAAUAAUUAUGUUUAAAUGAUGCACACUGUUUUAAAUGGUAAAUACAGGCUUUGGCCACCUUACCCUCUUAGCUAUAAUUCUAGCAUGCUUAUUUAUAUUUGUACAUCUUUUUCACAAAGCUCAGAGAUCGGCUCAAGAACUUCCUCAGAUAGAGAAGUACAACAUCAACAGUUGCUCAGUAAAUGGAGGCCAUGAAAUGGUUGUUACUGGAUCGAAUUUCCUUCCAGAAUCAAAAAUAAUAUUUCUUGAAAAGGGGCAAGGUGAGUAUAUAGCACAACAUUAGUGAAUUAUAUAUGUGUGUGUGUGCGCGCACGUGCGUGCAUGUGUGUAAUUGUAGUAUGCAAUUUAAUACAGAAUGUUUUAAAUAUAUAAAUAACAGAGCUACUAGCAAUAUAUAAUAUAACUGCAAGUACUUGGCAAUCAUUUUUAAUGAUUUUAAUGCAAUUUCCCAACAUUUUUUCACAAUUUGUUUAAUAACACAAGUUUAAGAUUAUUCCACAAAAUUCUACAAAAAUGUAAAAGUCAAUAUUAUGUAGUUAUUUACCAAAAAACCCUAAAUUAUAUUAAUUUAACCAAAAUAUCUUUUGAAUUCUCAAAUCAUAUUACAACUUUUCAUCAGCCCUCAUUUUGGGAAUUGAAAAAUUCAACACACCCUACAACAUUUCUCAUCAGAAGUGACAUUAGAAACUCGUGUAGAGCAACAGCCACUGUUUCUGCACAUUCUAAGCUUUAGCUGCUUAGAAUUAUUGCAGAGUUUUCCCUUACCAAGGUGCUGCUUCUUACUUUCCCAGUGAUUUUUAACCUGGUUUGCUAUUCUUUCUGCAGGUGAAGGAGCCUUAAGUCUCCCCACCUCCAAGUGUAGCCUCUCUUUGCACUCUUUUUUUAUGCAAGCUAUUCUGCAAUUGCAGCAGCCACUAGUUAUCAAUUAAUUAUGAAUGUGCCAAAACAACAAUUUCCUUCUCUCCCCUAUUUCAGAUUCCUCUUUGAAACCUACCUUUUCUAUACAGUAUUCAUCUUUCUGGACUCUUUGCUAGCAGUUAAAUCAAGGCAAUUCUCUGUCAGUACUAUGCAUAACUCAAAUGUUGGGGAUCUCGUGCAUUGAGAUACCUUUGGAUUUUUAAAGGAAAACUAGCAUGAAGGAUUUUUACAGUCUGUGUUUUGUCUAUCAUUAAUUAUUAGAUUGCUUUUUUCAGUAAUUUGAUACUUCAACUAAAAUCUUUCUCUUGAUAGAUGGAAGGCCCCAGUGGGAGGUGGAAGGAAAAAUAAUUAGAGAAAGGAGUCAAGAGGUGAGCUUUCUUUUAAAUGUGGGGAAUUAUUUUUAAAUGUACUGUAGCCUUGUAAGCAGCUUGGCAGACACUUGAGCACAAUGUGGGUAGCCAUAAAUUUUCUCAUUUUAGCAGAAAGGUUAAAUGUUUAAGUAUAACUGAUCUACUUCAUGGGUGUUUACAUAUCAGUAGGGGUGCAAAAAAUGUUUGCAGAAUGUAGGAGCUAGCUAGUUUUUCUAGGAGUUGGCUUUGAGCAUGGCAGUUAGACCUAUAUUGGCCAGUAAGAGGAAGUUUUAUGUUCUUUCUGCAAGGACUUCACUGAAAGGUGGCAGACCCUACCUGGAAUUCAGAAUUUCUGAUGCAGAGCCUUUCCUCCAUUGAGUGCUGUGACUAUUAUGGUUGCUCAGGAAGGGCUUAUCUCAGUGGUAGUCAUGCUUUGUGUGCAAAAGAGUGCAGCUUUCAGUCUAUGGCACCUCCAGGUGGGGGAUGAGAAAAAUUCCAUUAUGAAACCCUAGAGAGAUACUGCCUGUCAGCUCUGUAUUGUCUACAUUGAUCAUGUAGGCCAAAGAGCUGUAUCAAUAAUGAGGGAAAAAGGCACCCACAUAAUCUUAUUGCUGCUUAAUAUGUUUGAGAACUGAGUUCUGGGUUUGAAAGAGCUCCUGAAGCUAUAUCCUGGGCAGGCCAGAUUAAUAUUUAAAAGGUUUCUUUCUAGAGUACUAUCUGGAAACAAGGAGAAAAAAAGAUAUUAAAACAGAGGAGGUGGGAAAGACUAAAAAUAGGCGUCGGAGUAGUGGAAAGGAGUUGAGCCCAGGGGCUUGGGAUGUAAAAGGAGCCAAAAUGGUGUGAAGAAAAAAGGGGAUAAUAGAUUUCCAACAUACUACAGCAAAUAUAGCAGAAGUCCUUUAUCUACCUUUUAGCCACAGAGAACCCAGCCAUGUCUAAGAAGUUGAAUUUAUGUGCCACUGACAUGUCCAGUAGUAUAGAUGUUUGGUUAGCAAAUGAAAAUUCUGGAAUAUACUUUACAUAAUUAAAACAUUGAUAUGAUGAUUUGUCCUGCAUCAAGGAACUGCUUUAUAAGAAAUUUAAAAUCUUAUCGAAAAAUCAUAUCGAAAAAUCAUAUCGAAAAAUCAGAACUCCUAUUAGAAUAAACAAGUUCCGUUUCAAAUACUGAAAUAUCAAAUAAGAUGGAUAACAAUGUGUAAUAGAAAAAGAAGUAUGAAAUUAGGCUAAAGGUGUGUGAAAGAAAGUAAUAGAAGUGGAAAGAAAUUGUAAUUGAGUAGAUUGGAAGUCAAACACAAAGGUGGGGUGAGGGGUGGUGGAUGGUGAUGGGGAAAGGAAUUAUUUGUGGGAUUGAGUGUAAGUAUGUUUGAACACUUUUAAGGAUUGUAUGAAAUGUAUGUUUGUAUGCUUGUAUAUGUGUAAAAAAAAAAAGAAAUUUAAAAUCACAGUUAGAUUUUCUGUGACUUUUAAGGAUACAAAAGAAAGGGAAUGGAGAGAUGGGGAGGUGGCCUAUUGAACUUUCCCAGCGAUUGCCAUUCUGUAAAAAAGAUGCCACCACUUAAAAGUCUCUGCUUGGUAGCCUAACAAAUAGUACAGUACUUUAGGGGAGAAAGCAUAUGCUUUGCCAGCUGAUCUUGGAGAGGACGAGGCUUAUUUAGGGGAAGAUGUUUGCUCUUGCUUUUAAUAUGCAAAUUUCAUUCGUUUUUCAUUCAGGCUACAAUUGUUCUUGAAGUUCCUCCAUACCACAACAAAACAGUUACAGCUACUGUCCAGGUGCAGUUCUAUGUUUGCAAUGGCAAGAGGAAAAAAAGUCAGUCUCAGCGUUUUACUUACACUCCAGGUACAUACAUACCUUCUUUCUAGUAUAAAUCAAGGGUGAAAUUCAAAAUGUUCUUUGUUUCAAAUUUCAAUAGCACUUAACCUGGAUUUGGGGUACCUGUUUUUUAAAAAUUAUUUUUGCAAUUAUAUUUGGCUAUGGCUAUUAAAGUGCCUAAAUUGGAUCUUGAUGUUUUGUACAACACUGUAAUUCUUGGCAGCUGAUAAAAGGUUGAGAAGUGCAUCCAUCGGUAUUUUGAAAGCAUUAAUUGUAGCUCUUAACCCAAGAUCAGGGGAGAAGCUGUUUACCUUUUGAGCUUGAAGGUUAGAAAUAGGAAAAGCCCUUCAAAAUGCAGAAUAAAUGUGAAUGUCAAUGCUGGGUGGAAAAUACAGUAUUUUCACUUUUAAUACACAUCUCUCCCACUCUUGACAAUCUGUCUCAAACCAACCAUAUACAACUUACUCAGAUGUAUAUAGUAUUACUGUCUUGAGUUAAACAUAUCAAGAUGUCUAAAACAAUAGUAAUGGUACACACAUUUUGUAAAAUUAUGCUAUCUCACUACACACAGAGAUUAUUAAUUUUGAAAGCAAAAUUUAUUCAUAUUAUCAUGACCGUUUAAAUAAACCGUUAAAAUAAACAAGCUAUGCCAUAAAAUGACAGUCAGACUGAUUCAAAAAUAAUGCUUCCUACACUGAAUGUUGACUUUGCAUACUGAAAUGGGUCUCAGCUUUUUAAAUUUUGCAUAAAGUGCUUGUAAAAAGUUCUUCAUUUUUCACAAUUUCCAUUGCUUAUAAUGUGAAAAUGUUUAGGUAAUAUAAACCUAUAUGAUCAAUAGUUGUGUAUAUUUCAUUCACUACUUUCAGCAAAGAUUGACUCUCAAAGCAGCUUACAAUUAAAAUCUAUACAAAGACAGCAGAGUUAGAUAUAUGUGGGUGAUUAUAGCCAAGGAGAGGAGGGCACAAUAUUUUCUGGUUCUUGCAGUUGGUAGCAGUUCAGGUUCCAGGCUUUUCUUUCUGACUUCUAACAGCACAAUUAAUUCUAUUAUAGUUAAGUGUGGCAUAGAUUCCAUCUUGAAUAUGGGACCUUGUGCAUGCAAUCUCUAACAUGUACCUUAAUAAAGAUAUAUAUUGCUUACCGUGGCUGGGAAUGACAUCUGCAUGAGACUCACAUGGCUUCUUUUGGUCAGGAUCGAUUAUACGGUGGUACCUCAGUUUACAAACUUAACCCGUUCCUGAAGUCUGUUUUUAAACCAAAUCCGUUCUUAAACCGAGGCACGCUUUCCCUAAUGUGGCCUCCCGCCGCCGGGGGCCCUUCCACCGUUCGGCUUCUGUUCAUAGACCGAGGUAAAGUUCGCAAACCGGAACACUACUUCCGGUUUUGCGGAAUUCAUAAACCGAAUAGUUCGUAAACAUGACUGUUUGUAAACCAAGGUACCACUAUAUGGCCAUAUGCAUGGCCUUGUACUGACUUGGGAUAAGGUUGCAUCUUCUGUGACCAAGUUCUGAUGUCCGUCAUUUUAUCUGAAUUUAGUAAAUAGUUGGUUUUCUUAUUUCACAGUUGUACUAAAGCAAGAGAACAGAGAUGAAAUGGAUUUGUCUUCAGUUCCAUCAUUGUCCUUGACUCGUUGUACAGGUGUUAAAGGACUCUCUUCUCUCCAAACUCAGCUGCCUUCACCAGAUCCAGGGCUCUCGCAUGAUAGUUUACUUUCUACUUCACCUAGGAGCCUUGUAUGCCCAGUUCAGCAGACGUACACAUCCAUGGCAUCCUCACCAGUAUCUCAGUUGCCACACAUCCAGAAUAGAAGCAUUAGUCCAGGUGAAGAGCAUCAUGUUUUGUCUCCAGCUGUAGUCCACCAAUCUUUUCAGGUAACAUCAGCACCUUCUGCGAGGCCUUCCUACCAGCCUAUGCAAUCUAAUGUUAUGUUUAAUGGACAGACUGGUCUUCCCAUGAACUCUGCUUCCUCCAGCCAAGGAUAUGAUGCAAUUUCCUUUCAACAAGAUGCAGCUGUACCUCCAUUGAUAAACCUUAGCUGCCAAUCUCUACCAACAAUGCCCUAUCUUUCUUCAAGUCCAGUUUCAGUGUCAACUUCAGCUGCAACAGGAGGGCAUCCUUCAGUCCACCCAACUCAAUCAAGACAAUCGUCACCUCAUUUGCAGUCAAUGGGAUACCAUUGUUCAAAUCCUCUGCAAAGUUCUGUCUCUUCCACAAUGACUCAGUCCCUGGGACACCCUUCCACACAGUUGCAACAAGUUACUUACCAUUCUUCAAAUCCAGGUAACACUUCAUCGCCAUCCCCAAAACCUUCUCAUUCAUUGGGCCAUUCACCACGAUCUGGGCCAUCUUCUCCACAAUUGCAGCCUAUGCCUUACCAGACUCCUAGCUCAGGACCCGCUUCAUCUCCUCCUCCAACUGCUGUUGGUCACUCUGGACAACAGUCCCCACAGGCACACAGCCCAGGCUUGGGUGGAAUUCCUGCAGCUUCAUCUUUGAUGCAUCAUAACAUAUGUGACUCAUCUCCAUUUUCACCAGAGGAAUCAGCUGUUAACAUUAAACCUGAACCUGAAGAUCGAGAGUUGAAUUUUCAGACGAUAGGGUUGCAAGACAUCACUUUGGAUGAUGGUAAGUGAUGUUAUAAGUGUAAGGUUGAAUGAGGUUUUGCUUUAAAAAAAAGCAGUAUAUUGAAAAAGAAAAGGGGAAAAAAUAGUAUAAUAAAGGAUUACAUUUGGAGAGCCUGAUACAUACACAUGACCUGGUUGUUGGCUUUCCUGUUUGUUGUAAUAUUGGUUGCAGGUAUGCAACUGGGGAAUGAGUGCUUGAGCAUUUCAUAUGUGUGUUGAAGUCUGCUUUCUUGUGAGUUGUAUGUAUAUCAGUGCUUUUCUAUGCACAGAGAGCCUCUAGGUUAGGUGGACAGUCAUCUCUUCUUAAGUCAUUUAAUGUUUUAGUGUUUGUUAGUAGGUAUAAUCCUAUGUUAUAGGAAGUUUAAUAAUGCCUCUCUAAACAUGACUUUGUGUCAUACUUUGGAUGCAAAUCAGAUAGUUGAAGAAAGCAUUGCUUGCUCCAUGUGACAGCCCUUUAGAUAUUUGGAGAUGACUAUUGUAUCUCCUCUCAAUCUUUACCAGGCUAAACAUACUCAAUUCCCUCAACCAGGCCUCAUGAGGCUUGGUUUCCAGACCCUUGAACAUCUUGGUCACCCUCCUCUGCAUACAGUCCAGCUUGUCAAUAUCCUUCUUAAAUAGUUCAUAGAAAUAAUUGAUAAAAGAGACUCCUAAAUAUUUGCAAAGCACAAUUAAUUUUUGACAACUGACUGAGUGUCCAAAGUGCAUAACUUGCAUCCGCUGGUCAAGGAUGCUCAAGUCUCCUGGAAAAUUUACAUACAUUUCUCUUAUUUUUAAAAAACAAUUAUAUAAAAGAAUCCGAAUAGUGGAAUGAGUAGCACAGUUACUUAGAUUUUGAAAAGAUUUCAAGAUACUUGAGAAUUUUUCCAUGAAAUGUUCCUGUUUUAGUGUAACAAUAGGCAAUCUUUGUUAACUGGUCUGAGGUUAUGUUAACCUUGAUUUAUGUUCAGUAUCAGAUUAUGAUGACCUUUUGCUAAUCUUCUUUCACUUCCUUAUCCGUUGUAUCUCCCAUUACAUAAAGCUGUGGAUUAGAAAAGCAAGGAAUAAGGCUGUGUAUUUAGGAGUUUGCUUUGGAACUAGCCUAGGAGCACAUAAGGAGGGCUCAUUACUUCACUUUCCCUAUGAGCAGUAUUUUUGGUAUACCACUUGAAAGGGAUGUUGCGUGAUUAGUAAAACCUACAUGUCCUGAAGAAUUCAUCCAAAAUGUGUUGGGCUUUGCAGUAUUUUAUAUCAUUUGAUAAAGUUAGAUUUUAAGCACCAUUUUGAAUGUCUCAGUUUUCUUUGUUGCCAUUUUGUUUUUGUGCCUUUUGCUUUUGGUGUUGUGUCCCCACCCUCUUCGGUAUUUCAGAAUAGCUGAGAUGACAUGAAUACAAGCCCACCUUCAUUAAGAGGGUAACAUGAAUUGCCCCUUUUCAAUUACAGUAAGCCUGCUACUUACGCACAUUUAACUUGUGCACGUUCAGCUUUAUGUGCUUGGCAAAAAAGAGUUUUUUGGAAAAAAGGUGGCUGGUGUCCAGGGAAAAAGACUUUAGCAAUCCCACCUGCCAUUGAACCCAUAUUUGUUACUAUACUGUAUGUGAUUUUGGCUUUAGGUGCAAUCCCUUGAACAUAACUGCCACAUAAAUUGUGGGCUUAAAGUGUUUUGGAUGCUGUCCUGCUGGUGGUGGUUAGGUGACUAGAAGACAUUUUGAGGUAGCUCAAGUGUGACUCCAGUUGCUCAUCUUGUAACUUGAGAUUCUUGGUUUUAAAGGCUCUGGGGUUCAGGAGCGGCACAGUUCCCUGGAACUCUAAAAAUCAGGCAUUUCUGUGUAAAUUAGGUUUAGGGUCUUGAACUUAUAAGAAGAUAGUAAGUUUCCCCAAAAUUUACUUAAAUUUCAAGUGAAAAACUUUAUAUUACACAAUACAGUAAUAACCUUUCCAAAUUAAAAUUGUUCUUCAGAAGCUCUGUUCCAACCUAUGGGCAUAGAAAAAUAAUUUGAGUAUCAGAUGGAGAUGUCAUAAGUUCCUAACGAAAGCAUUUAAUUCCAUAAUAUCAUGUAAUUAGUAAUGAUACAAUGGAGCUCCUUUUCAAAUGUACAUAAAUGAAAAAUUUGGAGGACUCAUAUGGUGGCCACCUAGUAUAACUGAUCAUUCUGAGGAAUUACAAUAAAUAGCUUAAUGGAGUGAUCCGCUUCUGCUUCUUGCGUUGCCUGGGCACAGUUUUAGUACUUCUCAAAUUUAAGGUUUAUUUGCCGUGUCAUUUGUUACAUUCUUACUAGUUUGGAGUUUUUAUCACAUUAGAACCCAAAUGUGGUGGUGCAGUCUUGUCUGUUCCUAAUUCAGAAGCAACAUAACCUAAGGAUCUGCUUUCUACAGUUCAUACCUUUCUUCCCUGAAACAUUUGUUUUCUAUUCCACUUACUUAAAAAUACCACAAUUUAUCUUGUUUGUUUGCUUUUAAAUAUUAGAUCAUAGAAUUAUACUUCUUGAAAUCCAAAAAUUAGUCAUUUCUAAACUAGGCUUACUGGCACAUUCAUGACUCAGUUGUAUUGUGAUUCACUUGCAUCUGAGCAGAGGUUCUACGGUUUGCAGAUAGGUUAAUGCAGCUUGCCAAUAGACUCUUACUUUAAAGAUCAAAAGGCAAAGCAGAUCGUUCCAGCAACUUUAUCAAGUGUCACUUGUCACCUGUUCUGCUUACAACUAUACAGCCUCAAAAUAAUUUCCAAAUGGUCAGCAGGUAAUCAAGUAGUCCAGAAUGCCAAGUUCUCAAGCUACAUGUAAACAGGAUUCCUUUUUUGCUCUCCCCCACUCUGGAGUAUCUUGUAUAAAAUACAUACUGCCUAGAAGUUUAUAAAAUUGAGAGUAAUUCUAUAAACCCAACAGCUCAUAAAAUAUUAAGAAACACAUAAUUCCUUCUUCCUGGUACUUCUACUACUGGCACAAUUUUAUCAGAUGAAAUGCCACCAUAUGCUUUUUCAGGGACUACUGGCCCCUUCCUUGCAUACAGCAACUCUUCUAACAGUGCUUUUAGGAAUAAAUCCAAUAGAUAUUAAAGGCACUUAUUCCUUGGUAAAUAUAUGGAGGAUUCCAGUCAAAAACCAUAGUUUUUUCUUAAUAUUGCUAUCGGUUUUGGCAUCACUGUUCUAAGCAUUUGUUAAAAAUAAACGUCACUUAAGCCAAAUAUUUGAAGGCUCAAAUGAAGAGAAACACCAGUAACUUGCAUAGAACUUUAACACCUCCUGUGUUGUUUAUCCAGUAUUUAGUCUAGGUUGUCUCCUAUUAGGCCGUACAGAAAUCAAUGAACAUUACUAACUUAAGUCCACUGAUUUUGACUUAGUUGGAUACAAACCACAUUCAUCUGAAAAGUCAAAGCCAAAUGUAGAUCUCUUAGGGAAACUUUUUAUGGUCUUAGAGAGGAAUAAAGUGUUAAAUAACUAAAGAUGUGAAACUGUGCAGAAAUAUAUUCCAGUUAGCUCCCCAAAUUAAAUAAAUGUGGCAAACGUGUGUGCUGCAGACUUUGAAACCUUUAGCUGCUGGCUGUAUGAUAUCCCUAGCUGGUUUAGCUGCUGAGAUGUUUUGGAUGCAUUUUAAGAUCAUAAUUUUAAACUGUCUAGACCAAGAGACCAGAUGGAGUAUUGGUGGGAAGGAGGUAUAAGAAGAAGGUAGUCCUAUAAUAGUGGUACAUAACUGUUACUGUGUGAUAGAGGAUGCAGGGUGGAAUGUAGGAAGCUGCCUUAUGCAAUGUCAGACCAUUGGUCCAUCUAGCUCAGUACUAUCUACACUGAAUGGCAGCAGCUCUCUACAGGGUCAGUCAGGGGACAUUUCUAGUUCUAUCUGGAGAUGCCAGGGAUUGAAUCUAGGACUUUCUGCAUUCAAAGUAGUUAGUUCUCUACCACUGAGCUAUGGUCCUUACUUACCCUUGAGAACAGGGAAUGAAUAUUUGCAGAUAACCUUUGUUUUUAAUCUAAUUACAAUUUGAAACAGAUUGUGUUCACUUUUUUGUUUCAUAAACAUAACCUUGGUUCUCACCGCAAUCAAUUUCAGUAUGCUUUUGUCAACAGAAAAAUUAACUGAACACUUAGCAGUAAAUGUCUGGCUAUCACAGAGUUAAGAACGAUACUAUGUAUAAUUCUAGAAGGCAGAAGCAGUCUAAUUCCAAGUAAUGUUUAUUCCUCUGUGUCCUCAUGUUUAAUAGAAACAUGCAGAUGCAGCCAUUGACUUGAACAGCAGUGUGUUCAAUAGCUUGCAGUGCAUAUAAGGACAGUGUUGUCAUUUGUAAUAUGAUAGGAUUGACAGUGGAUUUUACUGUAUUUUAUUUCUGUACUAAGGCAUUAUUUUGAAUCAGCAUCAAAAUCGCAUAUUUAAAAGAAUAAAAGUGCAAUACAUGUAGUCCCCUGUCCUCUUACCAGUAGACUGACUUGUUAACUAAUCAGCUUCUAACUUUAGAAAUGUGGCAGUAUGUUCCAAGCCUCCUAGAAUAAUAGAAUCAUAGAACUGUAGUUGGAAGGCAUCCCAAGGGUCAUCUAGUCCAACCCCAUGCAAUGCAGGAAUCCUGGCUACAUCCCUACGUGUGCUCAAACCACCAACUUUCUCGCCAAAUGCACUGACCCAUUGAGCCACCCGAGGACCUUUGGCAUAGUAAAUUAUUAUUUUCAGUUAUGAUGUAAAGAUUUUGCCAGCAUACAUUCAAACCGUUCAAAAUUUACCGUAUUUGUUGCACCAUAACACUCACUUUUUUCCUCCUAGAAAGUAAGGGGAAAUGUCUGUGCGUGUUAUGGAGGGAAUGCCUACAGGUGGCAUGCCUAUGGAUUUUCCUCCUCUAAAAACUACGUGCGUGUUAUGGUCGGGUGCGUGUUAUAGAGCGAAAAAUACGGUAAUUAUUUAUUGUAAGCUCUGCAUGUGACAUUCCUCAGUACUUUCAAUUUUAUUAAAGUUUGUAGGCUGUUAAACAUUGUGCUUCUUUAAUUCUUUGCCCAUACUGACUUUGUGUGUAGUCCCAAAACAACUUCCUGGCCAGGCUGCAGAGUGUGUGGCUAAGAAAAGUGACCAACUCAGCCCCGAAAUACUGGCCAACUGGGGCAGGAGUAAGGGUAAUGAUAGAGGGAGAAAAAGAGACUUCGUCAUCUUCUUCUUCACCAAUCUCAGUCCUGCCUGUGAAUUUUUACAGGCACUUAUAUUACUACUAUUAUAAUUUAUUAAAUGUAUUUACCACCCUUUAGCCGAGGAUCACAGAGCAGUUUAUAGGAUAAAAACACAAAAUGCAUAAUAUGACAAACAAUACCACCUCCAUACAUAAAACAUUGAUUUCUCCCUUUAGUAAUGAGCAUUAACUCUGCAUUUCCACAUUUUAAAAUUAAGCUGUUGCUGCUAUGAAAUCGCAAGUUUCUCAAAGAAACUGGGAAGAAGAAAAUAAUUCCUCUGUCUGUUUCUGGACAUGUUGGGACUUUGAGCACAGGACUAGGAUAAUGCUGCAAAAUUUAUUUAUUUUCAAGGUGAUUUAACUAACUCAGAAGCAGUAUGGAAAAUAAUUACCUCAUGGGCCCACUACGCUAUAGAAAAGGAACUGCAAGGAGAAUCAAUCUGUAUUAAAUCAUGUUCUUGACAAAUUCAAACAUUACUUUUUAAAAACAAACUUGAGGUUGUUAGCCCUUGGGGCUCUUUGAAGGCAUCUUAGCAGAACUGCUAGGUAUUGCCAAAAUUGCUUGGAAGCAAUGACAAGUAGACAGGGAAGAGCUUUUAGGGUAGGGAAUGUGAUAGCACGUGCUGCAGCUGAGAACAAAUCCAUUGAAGCUCAAGCAUAGCUUAGACUACUGGAGCAUUGUCUGUAUCUAUUUUAAGAGUUCUGUUUUCCAGAGUGCCUCACUGUGUGCUCUUCUGCAUCUGAUGGCUGAUGCCCACUGACACAUCUGGCAGUGUAGCUGGAGAGGGGGGUUGCCGCCAAUUGAGAGUAUUGCUGAGUUGCAUAUUUGUUUUGCACAAUCAUUAGCUGUAAAAGAGAAAGCUAGCAAGUGCAAGACACGUUGUCUGAAGCAGGGCCCCCCAUAUGUUUUUGCACUCCCAUCAGUCUCAGUGUCAGGAACUGGCUAGACACUAAGGAGUGGUGGCUGGAUACUGAUGAGUGGGCACCGGGAGAAGGGACCAGUGGAAUGGCGGAGCCUGUAACAGCCGGGACAGGCAGGAGAGCAGCAGGAUUGAUGAGUGAAGAACCAGAUGCAGGAGGAGGGAAACAUAGGUCAGGCUGGUGUAGUCAAGGACUUCCACACCUCCUCCUCCUGCCCCCACCUCUCCUGCUCCUCUGUCUCCCAGGACCAGAAGUGGGAUUGAAGUAUGACUUUUGUAUAAGAUGACUCCAUUCCUCUUAUUUAGAAAUUAAGGCAUACCACAUGACAUAAGUUUCUGAAUUCAUGCAUUGUUUACACCUACACAUCCAUUGCCAAAAAUUAAACAAAAAUUAAAGAAGACAGCUUGCUUCCAGUUGCAUGCAGCUUCUGCAGCCUACCGGAAGCCACAGAAGGUGCGUCAGACAUUCAGGUUCUAAAGAACAUUCGCAAACUGGAACACUCACUUCUGGGUUUGUGGCGUUUGGGAGCCAAAAUGUUUGACUCACAAGGCGUUCGCAAACCAAGGUACAACCGUAUUCCAACCAAAAGACAAAAAAAGACUGCUUUGAUGCAGGGCACAUCAGAGUGCAUCAGAACAUUUUUGUAAUGCAUGACUCAGUCCUGAAAAUGUGACGUAAUGAUCUCUACUCGUGUGCAAAGUACAUCACACUGCUCUGUGAAUCUUUGAAAAAUGGGAUAGGAAAUGUCUGAAAUUCUAACUUUCAAAAAAGCAUGAUCUCUCCAGUCCCUUUGUAUUGUUUAAAAGCUUAGUUUCAUCCUGCAUACGUUCUUUUCAAUGGUAUAGAGAUUUUUAAACCUGUGCAGCUUUAACUGUGUUUAAUAUGAAAUUAUAUAAAUAUCAUCCAGAAUGGAGUUUGGUAAAUGUAUCACUCAGAAAACAAUAUUUACGAAAACUGAACAAAUACAUUAAUCCUUUCUCUUUCCUUUCAGUGAAUGAAAUCAUAGGAAGAGAUAUGUCACAGAUCUCGGUGUCCCAUGGAGCAGGGAUGGCUAUCCAUUCUUCGCAUGCAUCUUCUGCAUCUCUGGAGACAGGACUAUCAGAUGGAGCUCAGUAGCUACUAAGCUUGUGACUUAGUGAUCCAGAAAACUUCGCACUUUUCCUUUGAGUAAUGCUUCAUCCCCCUCCUUAGAUUUACUGUGCUUCCGACUUUGUGGCCUUGAUGAUCUGGAACAGUGGAUCCUUUGCAUAGCUGUUCUGGGAGGGUGGGGAAACGGUUACACUUCUAGCUUCCUAGGAUGCUGUAAAAAUUACUUUGUAAAAAUGGACACAAAGAAGCAACCCAAGAUACUUUAACCAUGAAAAAAUACCAAUGAGCUAUGCUUGUUUUGUGCAUUUAAUAGAAUACUUUUAUAUUAAGUGCUUAAUUGUAUGGAGAAAUAUAGUUUUGCUCUCAAUAUGCACAGUACUGAAUGUGGGAAUUCUUUUUUAAAAAUACACAUCUUCAUAUGCUGCUUUUCCUUAGAGAUAUUAGGACUGUAAUAUAAAUUUGUAUACCUUUUGGGGGGGUCUUUUUGAAGAGCCUUUAAGCUUAUAUUGUUUGAAAGAGAACUUUUUUUUAUAAUGAAAUCUUCCAGAGGCACAAAAGUACCUGUCAUCUUAAGCCAAUGCCUUGGAAGUCUUGCGUAUAAAAAAAUAGCAUUUUCUUUGGACUUUUAGGAAGCAAAGCCAAAUGUAGGUCUGUUGUUCUUUAUACAUUGAAAAUCCUUGGUAGGCUGCAAAGAGACCAUUCCAUCAUGGAAAUAUUGGGAUUAAAAUGACAUUCCAAAAUCUAACUUUUAUAACUUUAUACCCCUUGCUAGCACAGGCCCCCCUAUAAGUGAAACAGGUUUUUCUAGUUCAGAAAAGUUUAUAAAAUGCUAAUUUUUAAGGAGAGAACCAAGAUUUUUGGAUGCUAAAAAGCCAUGCUCUAUAAGGAAACCUUUUGGUUGGAAUAGUUUUAAGUACGGGUUAUCCACACUGUCUUGAAAUCCCUCAGGUAGGGUUUUUCACUUAGUCCAUGGUGUGUCUCCCCACCCCCACCCCACCCCUAGACAAAUCCAAUUUAUAUCUCUUGUUACUCAGACUUGUUUCUUAAAAUAUUUUCUUUAUAACAUUUUGAUACUUAUGUUCAUGGGGAUUCCUCCUUCAAGAAAUCUGAUUAGUCCCAGUAUGUAGUAAAGGAAAUGUAACAGGUUUUGAUAAAUAGUGAAAAACUGUUUAGCCGCUCAUGCUCUUAACAGUUGUGCUUAACACUGCUGACAGAGGCAGCUUUUUCUAGUAGUUAACAGACAUCAGGGCACACCCACCAUGAGUUUCUCUCCUGCAAGCGCUAUUGAAAUUAGUGGGGACUGCCCUUCUGCAACUCCUGUUGUACUUCCAGCAACCCACACCAUCAAGGAAUCAUGUUUACACUACAUUUUGAAAUUUCAGACCACCCUGAAUAAAAAAAAUCAUGAUUGGAGCUGAAACAUCAGAGUGACACAACUUUGUGUUAGUAUUUCAUACAAGAUGGGCAAUUACGAAUUCAUAAUCCAAACAUGCAAGAUCCAGAAUCCCUGUUAGAUAGUAUAUUUAUGUUGCUUUUUGUAUGAAUAUUGAGUUCUUUUAAAAAAUUGAAAAUCCAGCUUAUUCAGCUUUGACUAGCCAAAUAAGAAAGAGGGACUCCAGAUUACUAAGAAAGCAAUCAAGUAAAUAUUAAUCUGGCCUGGCCUGUUGUAAAAACAUUGUAAGUCUUAACUGCAUCCCCAGGAUAUAUGUGCAGAAAGAACAUAAGAGCCCAUCCAAAUCAGGCCAUCCUUUUCUGGAAAUCUGUUCUAACUCUGGCCCAAUGUGUUUUAAUCAAUUUCCCACAUCUCCUGUGAAGAGAGCUUUGUCUUCUUUAAGCCUCCUUUUAGCUAUCAAGAGGGCACUUAGAUAUUAGCCCCAACUGGCAAUGUUCUGCUGACUGAUUUGUCACUUGGUCUGCCAGUGGCCCACCAUUCAGUGUAAAAUAAAAUACAGUACAUUCAGAUGUUUUUGCUUAUCUUCAGUGGAAACAUAAUGCCUGUCUUCUACAAAAUUCCUAAAGUUUAGAAUAUAUAUAUUUAACCUUGACAGUCAAAGCAAAUACAAUUUUGGGGGUUAGAAUUUACAAUUCAAGAGGGAAGGAAGUGGCCUUCAUAUGAACAGCUAUCUUGAAUGCUUUAAUCAGGUAGAUGUCAAAUUGGAGUAGCUCUUAAAUUCAUCCCUUUCCCCCAGUAAAUUUGCUUUUAAUUAACUUUUUGAGAUAUGUAAUAUUAUUAGACUACUGUUACUAGCUUGUCAUAUAUAAAUAUUUGAAAUCAAAAGGAGCGAUACUGUCAUUUGGAAAAGGUAGUCUCUCUGUAGUGUUGCUUUCAAGUGAGUCUGUCUUCUGUUCACAUAAGUUAAAUAGCUUUAGAAUAAGCUUAAGUACAGCUAGUUACAUGUGUAGCACUUCACUCCUUUUUAAAUUGCCUUAGCCUUUUCAUGUCUAGUUGGUGACAAUUCCUGUAUUACAGUUUUCACUCCGUAAGUAGUAAUGGGUCUCUAGUAACCAGUGGUUGCAGGGAGAUUUCAAGUUUUCAGAGCUUUCAAUACACCGUGGGGUUUUAUGCUCCUUGGUGGUGUGCGGUGUAGCCUCUUCCCUCUCUAAGUCCUCCUGAAUAGUUUUGAAUUUAUAUUUUCCCUAAAAUGUGGGAACCCAAACAAUCCCGUGUUGCUAUGCACUAAGUGAGCAAUCCACCAAAAGCUGUACCAUUACAGCCUCUCUCCAUUUCAGCAGGGCUUGCACAGGGGAGCCCCUUGCAAGCAAGCUACUGAAACAAAUUGAGAUUUUUGCAGCUGUGGAAUUGGCGGAUGGUUCACAAAAUCUUCUGAUGCCUUUAAAUACCUUGAUGCCUGUAGAUGUAGAACUGCUUUCCUAUUUAAAACAAAAACAUAGACUUUGGGUACUAAAAAUGGUUGUAUUUGCCUUGUAAACACUUCAGUGCAAGGGUCUUAAUUUUAUUUUAAUGUUUUGCUUGUGUGAUGCUAUAGAUUUAAAGACUGUUAAUCUUGUGUAAUGUAGUGGAUAUAAAAGCACAUGAUUUCUAUUGGACUAUGCAACUUACAAUUUUCAGCAGCCGCCGCCUGUGACUGGCACUUUGGCAUCUACCUUGCUAGCCUCUCCUGCCUCCAAAUCUACACAAUUGCUUUCUAUGCUGAUGUCCAAUUUUUUAAAAAAAUAUUAUGGAAAGCAUUCAAUAACAACUCUCAGCAGAAAGAGUGGAGGCUUUUGUUAAUCAAAUGAGGAGGCAGCACAUGGCCCAUUUGAUAUGGGCUACUAAAAGCAGUUUUGGCUUUACCAAAGUUUGACCACAAUCUGGCACUCAUUGUAAUAAACUCUUCAUCAGAGAAAUGGAACUGCCAUCCUUUGUAAACCAAAGAUUAAAGAAGAAGAAAAAAAAGACAAAUUUUGUUUGUAUGCAAACAAAACUUUGAAAACUCUAUUUUUGAUACACAGAAUGAAUGUCAUUCCUUGAGAGGUUUGGAGACUAUUCAAAUUGAAGUUUUAUAUUUAACCAUGUGGGACAAUAAUGAUUUUAAGACUAAAGGUUACAUUCUAGAUGUUUACAGAGCCUUGUAUUGUAAUUUCAUGUACAUUUUGUGUAUUAAACCUUUUGUAAGUUAUGAUUGCAGUGCUACAUGCAGAAAUACAAAGGGAAAAACUUGCGUUUUAGGCUCUUGAAUCAUAGUGUUGAAAUAAAGAAGAAAAUGCAC